CGUGCUCCAGUGGUCCGCCGGCGUUCACGGUCAUACGUCAUUUACACGCGACCGCUACCGCACGUAACGUUACUUGCACUAUUUUGCACGUUUGUUUGUUUUUUCCAUUUUUUCGUUUUUUUUUUUUUUUUUUGUUUCUCACACAGACGUUAUUAUUAUUGUUAUUUUCACACUCGAUUUCCGACGCGUACAACUCGCUCGUAUAGGUACCGCGGUCGUGUCGCCCGAGGAUAGCUUAGAAUUCAAUAUAUUGUAAUACACGUGUAUACCUAAUAAAUAUCGCAUAUCGUUUUACCCGGUUUUUCUGCCAUUUUCUUUCGGUUUUUCGCGACAGUCGACCGUCCAUAACGACAUCGUCGAUUUCACUACAUCACCGUCGCGCGUAAUAAUAUUAUUAUCCCCUGUGUACGCGCACGAGCACGUAACAGUUUUUUUUCCAUUUCCCGAAGGCUUAAAUGAGCCGCACACAUGGAUAUCAUACGCGUAAGUUAUUUUAAAUUAAAACUGUAACAAUAAUAAUAGGUACCUAAACUAUUACUGACGGAUUGUCCGAUAAUAUUAUUUGGGUAAAAUACUCGACGGCUGUGACGCUCGAUUUAGUGUCGAGACGUUUACUACUUGUUGUUCUAAAACAAAAAAACAAAAAACAAAAAUUGUUUAAUUUCCCUUAAAUUCUACAUUUGAUUUUGCUCGAAAUUGGACAUUUUAUUUGAAAUUAGCUUCGGGUAAAAAAAAUGUUAAGAAUUAUUCCCAACUUUAAAAACGUCUCCCGAUACAAUAGUAUAUUAUUAUAAUGUAACAAUGUUGUAAAUGUAUACAAUAUCAAUAUCGGUGGAUAACGUAGGCGGUGUCAAUAUAAUAAGAAACGGUUUUGAUUGUGACAAUAUUUAUCAUCAUAUUCUAAAAUGUGUAUAAAUUAACCGAACGGUUUGUGAGCGAAAAAAAAAAUGCCGACAAAGACGUAAAAUAAGCAUAUAUUUUUAUUUAUUUUUUUUUUUUUUUUUUGUGGCUUCUAAAAUUUAGCAAUAAUUAUUUCCCUAUAUAUACCAACAACCAUGCGGAUACUUUUUUUUUUUUUUAUACUACUUUCGUAUUUCAUUAAGUAAGUUUAUACUGCAGGUAUAUUUAUUUAGCCACGCACCUAAAGAUUGAGAUGCGAAUUUAGUGUACCGAAAUAUAUAAAAAGUUGUUCUACAAAAUAAUAUUAUAUAGGCAAAAUUUAAGAUUUAUUACAGUUUUAAGCUAAAGUCGUAUGUACGAAAACGUUGUUUACUAUAUACCUAUUUCGCAUAAAUAUAGACGAUUCUUUUUUUUCGAAUAACUUUAACGAAUUGACUAUGGAAUAAAAACUCACUUGGUCCGAAAAUCGCGUUUUUCAAAAAACCGGAAAAAAAUUAAGAGAGAGGUUUCCCAUACAAUAAAGAACCCGAUAGGGAUUUUUCUCGUGCAAUUUAAGCUAAUUAUUUCAAAAGUUAAAAUUUUAGCCGUUGCAAUAUUCUAAUUUUUUUUUUUUUUUUGUGGUUGGAAAUUGGAAGAUGCGAGUUAAUACUGGCUUAAUAUUGAAAAUGAGUUUUUGAUAUAGUUUCAUUUAACACGCUAAUAUAUAACAUUACGACUUAUUGUACCUGUAGUUAAUAUGCUUGAAACACAUUCAAAACCGUUUCAUACUCUAUAGAAAUAUCGUUACAUACUUGUGUACAAGCACUAGAAGCAACACGGACGUUUUCGAUUUAAAAACGCGCAAAUACUAACAAACAAAUACGAUAAUAUUAAGUACUCGAGGUGAUCAGUCGUUUCCGAGCGUUUCGUCACAGGGCAUCAGUAUAGUAAACGGCAUUAGAAGAAGGCUUAUUUAAAUCGCUUGAACCACAUAUUCUAUUAAUAAUGUUAAACAUCGUCAAGCCCGGAUUAAGACAUUUAGAGGCUCCGGAUCCGAAAAUUUCAACGGGACUUUCGUUGAAAAACUAAUAACAUAAAAUGUUUAAAAAUGUAUACAAAUCAAUGUGUUUUAAUAAAAGAAAAAUAAUAAAUAUAAUAUAAUAGACAUUACAUCAUAUAGAUCUCAAUUCAAAAGCCACGAGUAUUAUUAAUUAAAUAAACGAAUAUAUUAUUUUUUGCAAAGUCACUAGUAUAGUUUCUGUUAUAAUAUAAUAAUACGAAUCAUCACCAAACAACAAAAAACUAUUUAAAUAUCAAAAUACCAAGUCAGUGGUUAAAUACGUACAUAAUAAAGAAAAUGCUGUGUCAAAAACUGAGUCCCCGAGAGUCGGUUGCCCGAGGUUCAUGACCCUCCCUGGACCACCUCCUUAAUCCGGGUUUGAUAUCGUUAUCGAAUUUUUAGACGGUCUGUAAAAAUAAUAUAAUUGUUUUUACUCAUACAUAUCCGCGCGCGCAUAAACAUCGUAUUAUAAUAUUAUUAUGAUUACGGAUUGUUUUUCGUUCGGUUUCGAAAUCUCUAUGAAUACAAUACUACAGACGAUAAUAACAAUAAUAGGCUACGUCAUACUCGAGAUGUGAAUUGUCGCCGAUACGCGUAUAUGUCGUCAUGAGUAAGUGCGGAGGCGUACAUUAUAAUAUUGUACAGGGUACAUUUUUUUUUGCCCAUCACAAUUAUCUACGUAGGUUUCGAGCGAAUUUCGUUUGAGUUUAUUUUUCCGUGGUUAAAUAAUAAUACGAUAUAGACACAUAGUAUAAUGGAUGUAUCCGAAAUGGUUCCUGAGCUCAUAACCCACAUGACCAAUUGGUUCCCAUUCGAAAAAGGUACUUGAUGAAGGUGUGCCGAAUUGGUUCCCGUUCAAUACCUACAUUUAUACAAUAAACACAAUAAAUGUACCAAGGUAUAAUGUAGUACAUUUUUAAACUUUUAUCAUACUACGACGGGUAUUUUACAGUUAUCAAGUCAAUAAAAUAAUGUUAUAUCGGUGUAUUGUCUGAAAAUACCUAUUGGUUGAGAUAACAUCAAUCCAUCUGGAUAUACGUUUAUAUACUGAAUACAAAAUACAGAAAUGUUUCUAGUAUAAAAUCUAAUAAUUUUAAGUGGACUAAGCCGCCUGUAAGAAUGGGAAGGGAAAUAUGCGUAUUUGACUAUUUCACUGUGAACAGUAGGAACCAAUUCGUUUAAAAAAAGCAUAUAUAAGUAUUUUGUUCGAAUUUCAAAUCUCUGAGAAUAUUUGUAACUGAAUUACAACAAAACACAACAUUGAAAAUAAUAAAAGCAUUAUUUUCGUAAAUUGCCCCGCUCUUUCUACGUUUUUAUUCGGUUUUAAUCAAUUAUUAAAAAAAAACUUUAGGGACCAAGUAGAAUAAAAGUUUAACAAAAAAACGGUCUUUUGUAGUUUUUCUAUUCGAGCAAUAUUUCUGGUAGAAAACAAAAGCCGUAAAAAUUUGAAAUAAAAGACGGCAAAUGGCAGGGUUUAUUUGGGUUUUAUAUUUACCAAGAUCCGGGCUACUUUAUAACAUUACAUAUACUAAUAGUCACCCUAUAUCCCAGGGGCAUCUCCAAAUCUUGACUAUGGGGGAAAGGGUGAAAUAAUUAAAUUUAAUAUUAAUGAUUGAUAAGAAAAAAAUUAUAUCAAAUAAUAUAUUAAUUGUAUCUACUUCUGUACCAAUAACUAUGCCAAAUGCCAAUAUUGAUCGCCCCCCGCCCCAUAAGGGCAGUCCUGCUACAUCAUAUACACCUUUCCCCGACGUCUUGCCUACAACAGUUUACCGCGUUGCAAAGUGCGUCGGGUUUUUAGUUUUGUUUAGUUUUUUGUUUUUUUUUUAAUAACGUAAGCUUCCCGGAGGAACGAAAGAAAAUAAUACGGCGCGUAUCAAAACGUCGUUAGCUAACGGCACGGCGGCAGCGAGUUGUCGUCUCCGGGCGCCGCCGCCUCCGGUUCCGGCCGGCAGGCGGAAGUGAGUGGCGUAUACGCCGUGGUACACUCGUUCUGUUCGUCAUCGUCGCGUCGCGUAUUGUUUUUGUUUUUUUUUAUUCAAGUUUUUUUUUGUUCUUUACUUUUGCCUCUUCGAGCGUUAUAAUAAUAAUAAUAAUAAUAAUAUUGUGUUUGCACUAGUUUUCAUAUAAGAGGGGGGAGGGAGUUUUCGAGCGCCAAAGGGGUAAAUAUAAUAUUAUAGAUGCUGACGGGCGAUGACGAUAACGCACUAGAAGACGUCAACGUACACACUUACACAACAUAUACACUCUUAUAAACGAGUAGAAAAUAUUAUUAUGUUUUAUAAUAUAAUACGGUGAGAUAUUUACAUAUUACAUAAGGGGACAAAAUGGGACGUUUGCUCCAGCCUCUCUAGCGAGGGGGAGGGAGCACGGAAUAAGAAAAACAUUCAAACAAAGUAAUAUCGUCCGCAUAACAUUUGUUUGCUUAUUAUUAUAAAAAAAAGGAGAAGAGCAAAAAAAAAUUACCCGUGUCAAAUAUUCCUAUUUUAAAUUCACAAAAUUAUAUUCCUUUAAAAACAUUGACGCUCACAUGAAUGCCCAGUUUUCGUACCUAAAUUACAAAUGUCUGUAAAAAUGAUAUUAUUUUAAUAUUAUUCUUCGAAUAAGUUCUACCGACUAUUGGUACUUGGUGUAUAGGUAUUAUUUUUUUUUCCUCAACCAGCAAUACGCCCACGUCCCCAGAACUAUCCAGAGAUAUUGCUCCGGGAAAGGUGACUCCUAAGACAAUAUAAUUUUCAGUAAAUACUAUUGUAACUUGAUUAUGGCAACAAAAUUCAUCCAAACCACCGGAUUUGUUAUGUGAUCGAUAUUCAAAAGGAUCUUUUUAAAUUCCGUUUAUGUCCGCAAUCAACAUUUCAACCAGAAAUUAUAUAGAAACUCUGUAAGUAAAUAUUAUUAUUUUGUUAGUGCAUUUGGUAGAGUGUUCGGCAGAAUUACAUUAUUAGCUCACUAUCUAUCCAACUUAGGGCUCUAUGCUCUAAUAAUAUCGGUUAGUACUCUCUUUACACGUAGCUAAUAUAGUUGUGAUAGUAAUGAGUAUUAGUCAACAAUAAUACGUUUUGAGUUGAUUUUGACCGAUUACUUCGGAGUUAAGUUGGAAAAUGUGAAAUUGAGGGCCCACAUCUCGAGUCAAAGGACCAAUUGUUAUCACUGAUUAUUUGUUAGUGUGUUUAUGUCCGAAUGUAUUCGUGAAAACAGUACGGAGGCCAAGAGUGGUAAAUCUAUAGCCGUCUAAGACGUUGCCCGGGAUACACUGCGGGGAAGCGAUUUGCCGUUGCGCCCCUAAAAUACGCUAAUAGCUUUUUGAAGAGUGAAAACGGCUGUGGGACAAGGCGUCGAGUAUAUAGUGAAUAUUACGCGAGUUACAGGUUAGGUUUGUAGGUAAAUUACUUUUGUCCGUCAUUAUACCGUACUCCAUAUACCAAAUACUUAACGUCUCUACCGACGUAAAUCGGGCUUUUUACCCUGAAUUCUCGUGCGCGGCCCGUGCGUGACUGUAUAUGCGAUACGGCUAACGUGAAGACACGAGAUAAUGUUCGAGUUAAAAAUCGUCGUGUCUCGCCAGGAAAUCAGAAUAUCGACAAAAAAAAAAAACCCGACCUUACAAACACCGCGGACAAUGUUCUUGCCUUCGACUCUGAUACCAGGCCGCGAUUCGCGCCGAUAUUGAAACCGUAACAGCACGGAAUCCACCGAACGAAAAUUCGAGAUUAUCCAAUUUUCAUCAUUAACCGUAACAUAUACAUAUUAUACUCGUAUUAUUGUAAUAAUAUGUAAUGUGUAUUAUAGAGAUCUUUACGGUGAACGCCGCCCGCCGACGGGCCUCGCGUCACGGUACAAAUUAUGUCCGGGGCCGAGGAGAUACGCGUCCGCCGUAUACGCACAUACGCAGCAUACGUAUGCGUACAUAAUAUACUUAUGUAUGUAUGUAUGUGUAUAUAAAUGUAUAUAUAUAUAUAUAUACACAUACAUACGUAAAUAAGUAUAUGUAUAUAUAUAUAUUAUUCAACCAGCCCCGCAAACGCACCACACAUACUCGCGCGCGCGUUCUGUCGUCAACCGGUUUUCGGGCCAGAGGCAACGCGCUCGGGAUCAAAAGCACCGCCACCGCCGCCACUGACACACACACACACGCGAGCGCGCGCGCGCGCGCAUAAGAUAACAGAUACAUCCGACGCUACACACAAUCGCCGCCGCCGCUCUUCUUCUAUUUUACUACGUAUUAUUAUUAUUAUUAUUAUUAUUAUAAAUUUAUAUUUAUCCGCGGUGUAUUAUAGAAAGUUGAAAAAAAAAAAAUCAUCAUUAGUAACCGCAGUCGCCCGGAAGAAAUUUGAAAAAAAAAAAAAAUAAUAACAACCGCCGCCGCCGCCGAUCAUUGUCGUUUCUAAAAAAAAAUAUUUAUUCAUUGUUAUUGUUAUUUUUUCCCGUAUAUAAUAAUAUUAUUGUAUUGCUCUGCAUACUUACCCGUUUAACUAUUUUUAUUAUGCGUACGCGCGCGCGUCUUCUGUGUGCCAGCGUAAAAAAAAUUCGAAACCCGGAACGCGCGAGUCUGGAGACGUACGUAAUCUGUAGUCCGGAUUUUUACGGACAUCUGAACCGUACUUAAACCGAUAACAUUCUGGAAAUUAAAUUGUUUGAAUUUAAACGAAAUUAUCGAAACAUCGAUAGUUUUGUGUGGUUUACCUAUUUUUUGAAAUCUAGACGCGUUCCGUGGCCGGUAUACUUUUAUCACUCGGUUUUAUAAUAGCAAUAAUAACCAACUUCUUUUAUUCAUUCAGAUAAAAAGUCACUAUAAUAUUAUAAUUUAUCUUUAACUGAAUAAUUAAAUCACUAAAAAUGUAUUUUUUAUUAAUUCAUAAUUAAUCUAAUAGUAAUGAUCUCUUAUUUGUAUCUAGGCAAUUUAAAUUCUAUUUUUUUAUAUAGAGAAUAGAGAUGUUCCGGGUACCGAGCCAUCGAGUUCUAACCGGGUACCCAAUAUCAUAUUCUGUACCCGACAACUACUCAUUACCCGGCGUCGUAAUUAAAUGUUUAACUCGACUUUACCCGGUACCUAUCCGACGUAAUAAUAUAUUUUUUUACCGGUACCCUGUGUGAAGCUCACUUUCCACGUGUCAAUGAGAACAAAUUUAUGCCCACUAUCGACCAAUCAAAAAGAGAUUUUAUAUUGCCGUUUUAAAAAUUAAUUACAUUAAUAAAUUAACGCGUAAAUGGUUUGCUAUUCAAUAUUUAUAUUUAAUUUUGUAUUGAGCGACUACUAAGGAGCUACUAGAUUGUGGCUAGGAAACUUAACUCUUAGUAGAUAUUCAAUUAUUUUCAUUAUUCUUAUAUAUAUUAUCUAAUCUUAAUACUUUAACCGGUGGGCGGUACCCGAGACCCGAUUUCGAUAAAUAUUAUUACUCGGCUAAUACUCGAUACUUUGUUUCUAUGUAAAUUGUUACUCUAUUAUACUCGAAACCCAAUUUUAACAGAUAUUGGUACUCGGCCAAUAUACACGGUACCCGGUUUGUUUGUAUAUAAUACAUCCGGAGCACCUCUAAUUUCGUACUUUAUCUGGAUCUCGUUAUACAACCUUCUUCUUUAGCCUAAAAUAAUAAACUCAAGUAAAGUCAAUUAUAAAAAUGCAACGAAAAAAAAACGCCCAAUUUACGUGUAUUAAUGAAAAUUCGUUAUUUUCAUAUUGUCUUUUUUCACUCCAUUAGCCGCAUUAUUCACCCCAUUUAUAAUAUUCAAUUUACCUCAUUUCAAAUGUGAGACUCGAUUCGAUAUUUACGCCGCCCAUUAAUACGUAUAUACUUAUUACGAUAUCUGUAAUACGGUGUAUACAAUUUGAAUAAUUGCGGUAAUUGUAUCGUCUGCACGAAGUAUAAUUAUUUUCAUAAAUUAAAAAAAAGAAAACACGACAUUCAUACCUAGGCACGAUUUCAAUAACUACAACAUUCGAAUUCGUAACCGAUCCUAUUUCCUCGUGCAAGCUUUGUUCGGUCGGAUAAUUGAAACGGCAUCGUUUUUCGUGUUAUUUACAACCCGCACGAGUUUAAUAAUAAUAACAAUAAUUUGUUUUUUUUUUUAUAUAUAUAUAUUUUUAAAACAAUUUUUAAGAUUAUUUUACCAACCUUUCACACGUGCCAUCCCAGUUACUACGUUAAUAUCGCAGCGAUAAAAUUAUAAUAUGACAGUUUAGUGGACAGAGUUUAAGUGUUAGUCUCUGAUGGGGGCUAACACUGAUCCCCCCUAGUGCAUCAUACCAUAUUUAAAUCACAAAAUAUCUAUUAUCUGUAAUUCUCAAGUAAGAAUUUCGGUAAAAUCCCCCCCCCCCUCUUCGCUGGAAUUUACCUGAAGACGUCGCCGAUAGUACAGGGUUGAAUAAGCAUUUGCCAACUCUUGAAAUAUCAGCGUAUUAACCACCCUCGCAAUCAAAGGGUUUCAUCAUUAACUAUUGUUUUCAUUUUCAGUCUCGCGCAUAGAAUAAUACCAACAAAGACAUUCGGCUAUUUCCGAAUUUCAUAUAGAACCGUAUUUAUUAUGAUUCUUACAAAUAAACAUUUUUAAUGUUUUCAUUUAUUGAUUAGUUAAUGGUUGAAAUUAAGUUAAAUUAAAACACGAGUAUCUUGAUGAAAAUGAAAAUAUUUAAAAAAACCUUUGGUAGUCAAUACUUGUCUUUAUAAAAUGCAUAGGAGCAACUUGAAGGUAUUCAAAUUAUAGACAUAUUACAUUGCACAGACCCAUGGUUUCUAUGCCCACAUAAUCCACUUUACAAGGCUCUUAGAAUAAAAAACUACAGUUCAGGAACCAUUAAUGGCAGCCCGUAGAGAAGUAGGAAAAAAACGAAAACAUAAUACGAUAUUUUAGAAUCGUAAGUUCUUAUUUUUGAGUAAGAUUUGUCAUUUAUCCCACUAAACCAUUUUUUAUUUUUUAUUAUACAUUUUUCCAAAUAUUUGUAACAUUAAUUGCGUUCUUAAUAUUUAGAAACAAUAGCAAAUAAUAAUUAAAUAACAAACAAAUUAUGUUCUCAUUACUUUCAGUUGUAUAAUAAUAACCGUAUCUUAUUACAUGUUGAAAACAUGUACUCUGAAUUCCUGGCCCUUCCUGGUAGAAUGUUGCCCUUCAAAAAUAUUAAUUGGUGACCCCUGAACUACACGUUUAAUCCACAGUUGUAUACAUAAAAAAUGUAUCUCAACUAUUUUAACAUUAUUUUUCAUACACAAUUAAUGCAUUGUCUAUAGGUAAUCUGUAUUUUGUAUUACGAAAAAGCUUAUUGGUUUGUUACAGGGGUGCUGAAUUACCCCUAGCAACUCUCUAGUUGCACCUAUGAUAAAGUAUAUAAUAGAUGUCCAUUUGCCUACUAAACUCAACCGGAUAAUCACAAUCACGGGAAAUACGCCCCUUAUAAUCAACUAAUCUAACGACUAAUUCCAUUGUUAGGAUGACUACUAUCAACCAAUAUGGUCCUCGGCUUAACAAUUAUUGAGUGUUGAUUUCCAGUAGUAUCGGCCUAGAAACUUAAAAAUAAAACGCGUGUAAAUUGUAAUAAUGUUCGGAGUAAUAAUUCGAAUUAAACUCACGGUGAUGGAUAGUACGACCAACGAAAACAAGAACCACAUUUUUCACGUCAUAAUAAUAAUAUCAUCGCGUAACACAACAUUAUAAAAAUAACAUAACCUAUAUUAUACUCGGCCUUGAAAGUAUUCGAAUAAAUGUAUUCAAAUAAAAAUGUUUUAAUAAUAGGCACUAUCUGUUGUAUCCGAAUACGUACUUUGACAAUUUUUUUUCUUUUGUACUAAAUAAUACUUUUCUUCUGAAACCAAUAAUUAUUUUAAACUUUCAAUCUAAAUUUUAAAUCGUAGAUUUUUACGGCCAUGUAAUAAAUUAUGAACGUAGUACGUAAUUAGUAUGUUAAUUCGAAGUUUAAGAAUAUUUGACCUAUUUAACUCGUAUUUAAUUUGUUAUAAUAAUCAGUAAACAGUUUAUUUAAUAAAAUAUUGAGCUGUAAAACGUUAAUUUCAAAACCGAAAAUGACAUAAAUAAGCUGUGAAAAAAAAAUUUUCGAUAAGUAUCUAAAUACUUUUUGAAAUAUUCUAAUUCGUAUUCUGAAUACUCUGUUACUCGCUUAUUAUUCGAACAAAUAUUCCGUAUCUAUAAACAAAAUAAAAUAAUUCUUUACAAGAUUGUCUGUAUAUUGUAGACGACGGCGCUCACGUGUGACACGGUUUUAUACUUAAAAUAAUAAAUUAUUCAAGCGAUAUCUUUCUUGGCCGGUUGCUCACGGUCUAGACUCGUGUCUUGCAGAGAUAUUAUUGUGAACGAUCGCCGUAGACAAAAAUGCGUUUUCCAACUAUCGGUCUUGGUAGGUAUAUAAUGUACCAAAGCUGGCCACAAACUAGUUAUUAAUAAAAGGUUAUAAUCGAGUUGAAAAGCAUUACUAUUGUUGAUCAUUAAAGACUGCAACGUGGCCGGGAAGAUUUCGAUACGGGCAUAAACUUUUUCGACCAAAAUUGUUCCCUUUUCGGUUAAACCAAAAAUAUAUAGGUGAGAAAGAUAGUAAUAAUCUAUAACAGUAAUAUAAGAAAAUAAAAAUAUCUAUUUGCAGAAAAAAACCGUAGGUACCUAUUUGUUUUCAAAAGCCUUCGGUAUUCGCUAAACAUUAAAACUAGUUUUGGUUGGGCACAAAAGCUGAUAAUUAUAUAAAUAUCAAGGGGUUUUCAUGACUUUAUCGCAGCGUCAUAACAAUUAAUUAAAUUGUUUAAAACUAUAAGCAUGUAUAUGACAUAUUAACAUACAAAUACUGUUAAUAAAUCUUUUUUAUAUGUAUAAAUUAAACUUUUUUUUUAAAUAUUUUAUACUUUUCAAUAUAUAUAUAUAUGUCAUAUAUAUUGACAGUUUAGUAACUUAGUAUUGUUUUGGCUGUGUGAAUUGGCUGAAAAUUAAAUCGGCUGAAAAAGGAAAGAUACGAUUUUGGUCGAAAAGGGUCUCGCCCCACGAUACAGUUACGGCAUAAAAAGUAAUGUUGUCCAAGGAGGGUUUUCUAGCCGCUCCCUCAUAUCCGCGGUGUACAGGUAUUUUAUCGAAAUCUAUAAACAAUAUUAUAAUUAGUACAAAAUGUAAUAAUAAUACCGCGACGAACUCUAUAAUUUAUUUUAUUAUAUUACGUAUGUGAUCCGAUACGAUAAUUUCAUUUGCACAUUUUGAACGAUCGGUUGACACAAAUCUAAUCCUAGUUAUUAUUUUUAGGCCCGACAACUCGGACUGGAUAGAAAAUUCAAUGAACACCCAACUUUUAAUAUGAUUUUAUCCGGGGAGGGGGUGCUUUUUGUUUACAAUACGACUGACUCGAUUGUUAAAUAGUACCUAUAAUAUAAUAUAUAAGUUGGUCACCCACCAGUUUAGAGCGUAACGUAAACUCGCCUGGUUACACAUGGACGGCGUAUAAUAUAAUAUUAUUAUUGUAUAUUAUGUAUAUUAUGUAUGCGUGUGUAAUGUUUAUUAUUGUAUAUUCGUACAUAAUAUACGGUGUGCGCAAUCGCGCAGUGUACACCGAUGCAGGAUACACACGGUAUAUAUUUAUAUAAUAAUAAUAAUAGCAGCGGUUCGGCUUAUAUUAUUAUUGUAGGUUUUGUGGGGGGAGGCGUGACGUGAUGGGGUCCGGGGGGUCCUCUAUUAGCCUCAGUCGUCGCGUCUGCGGGGUUAGCGGGGGAUCUAAAUUUCGUUUGAUCUGAGCCGACACCGCCGCCGCCGUUCUGUUCAUCCGACUGGCUGCUCCUGCUGCUGCUGCUGCUGUUACCGCUGACCGCUCCUUUCCGUACUACGCUAGUUUAUAAUAUUAUAUUUGACACACACAUUCACGACCGUGUGUGGUGGUUUUCCGAGAUAGCGUUUCCAUUUCGUGUAUAAUAUAAUAAUAUUUGUUACCAUAUAUACAUAUACAUAUAUAUAUAUAUAUAUAUAUAUACAGAGUGAUUGUUUUGUUAUUAUACAAGUCGAGAACCUCUGGGCGAAAAUCUACGAAGAUUUGAAGUUUUUCGCAGACGUACCAUCGAAUCAGUAGCACAUACAUAAAUGUGUAUAUUAAAUAGAAAUCCUACCUCUUCGUGUAAACGCCUCCGCAUCAAAUACUCAUUGUCGAGGAUAUUUUUAAUACGGCUAUAAGAGCUGGUAUACGUCUGCAAAGAAAAUGUAACUAGAUAAGAGUCAUGCAUUAUAGUGUACUAUAUAAAGCCGUAGAGGAAAUAAUAAUAUGACGAUGCGGAGUAUAGAUGAAGCAGGAAUGUUGGUGAUGUCCGAUAGGGAGAAGGGAGACUAUGAAUGGCAAGAAUAAGAGUUUAAAGUUGCGGGUUAAAAAGCGAGAAAAGAAAGAACAUUAUGUAAAAUCAUUAUUACGAUAUUUUUAAUUCAUCACCUUUACUUUGUGGAUAUUAUUUAUUGAUUUUCGAAUAACAUUUUAAAAGUCCCAUGCAAUGGGUAUGUGCUUAAAAAUCUGGCCAGAGGAGUAGGAAACAUUCGGGGCUAUGCGUAUCGAAAAAGGUAAGAAAUAUGUUCUCUUUUGGAAUCUAAGUUUAAAAAUGCGAGUUGCCGUUUGAAAAUCAAAUCCGAAUUAUGGGAAUACACUCUUCAGUCUUCAACAUCGAUUCAAAAUCUCCAAAACAAACGCUCUGUAUAUCUAAUAUUAUUAUUGUUAUUAUUAUCCGGAUAUGUAUGUGUGUGUGUACGAAUCAAUAGAUUAGAAUACAAUGAAAGACGAUUUUCUUUCUUCUAUUUUUUUUUUCUUCUUUUUUGUUUUGUUUUUUUUCGUAUAACUAUAAUAUGUACAAUAAUACACGCGUAUAUAUUAUAUAUUAUAAUAAAUAUGUAUAUUAUGUGUUAUGCCAAAGAAAAAAGACGCCGCGGCGCAUUUUUAUUUAUUUAUUUUUUUUAAAUCUUUUUUUUUCCUAUUCUAAUGGAUAGGAAAAAAGGAAAAUAAUAUCGUGUCAUUCAUUAAAAACACGAAUUGUAAAUAAUACGUACACAAAUAUAAUAAUGGAAUACCGAACGCACGCACCUGGCGUAUCCAUUGAUGUCGAGAAUAGCCGCAAAGUCGGAUAAGUUAACCAAUUUGUUUAACUAUAAUUUAGUAGUAGUUAUCUUAAAACAAAACAAAAAGACCAAGCUAAGUUAAAUUUAAUUUUAAAAUAUACAAAUUAUCAAAAAUAUAAUAACUCGAGUUAAAAAUUAAUUUUUUUUUUAAAUUACACUUAAUUAAACUCAUAAACGAAUUUUAGAUUCUGAGCGGAGCGAGAAAUGUUUUGGUUUUACAAUGAUGUUUAUUUUUAUUAUUUUUUUGUGAACAACUAUUCUACAAGAAAUUUUACAAGAAAAGUAUAGCACUUUCUCUGAAAUGAUAUCUAACUAUGGUGGUACUUUAUAGAAGUUAUUUUUUUUAUUUGUUUUCUGUGAAGUAUUCUUAAUAAAUGGGAAAAAUCCAGUGACUUAGCCAGCGAGUAGGCCUGAUAAGCUCGAGACUACCCACUUUUCUCCGAAAAUUAAUACAAUUUUAAAAUCAAAAAUUUGUAUUAGUAAUGUUUCUUGUUCAAACGUUAAUAUUAUUUUAUCUGGCCUACCCAGAAAAUAUAUUUCUAAAAACCGAGAAAAGUUGUGGGUAAGACGGGAAAAUUUACGAAACGUAUUAUUUCCAAAUCGUAAAUACGAUUCCUGUCAAAACAUGUAUAAUCGAUCUUCGCUCAGAAUCGUUUUUUGUUAGUUAUGAUUGAUCUUUGCGUACAGAUAAACAUUACAUUCCCCUUCUACUUCCAACUUCUCACCUACAACAGUGGCCCACCCAUCGGGCGAAGUAUGUCCGUUUGUUUUUUAUUCUUUGUUUGUACCGCUCUUAGUAAUUUAAAUUAUUUUAACGAAAUAACCAUAGUUCAGUUAAAAUUAUUUAUCACAAACAAUAAUUAAGUUGUGAACUAGGUAAAUAGCUAUCAAAAAAAUAAUUUAUAACUUAGUUGUAGUUACUGCUACCCAGAGACGUAAGUAUAGACUAUUUAUUGGGGGAGGGGGGUUCGGCGGUUGACUAUUGAUUCUUUGUAAUAGUAGUGAAUCGGGUGUCUUAAAAAGAAUUUAACUCCUGUAAUAAUUUCGAAAUAGGGGGGUUCUUACCCAAAGCAUCGCACCUAUCCCCUUGUUACUGCCCAGCCGUUUGGAAAUAAAGACGAUUAGAGCCGCGGCAGCGGCGAUGCAGCAAUGUAGGUGCGCGUCGGGCGGAUGUUGGCGGCAAAAUAAUAAUCUGACGUAUACAAUGGACACCGCAGAUGAUUAAUUAUUUGAAUAUUAUCGUAUAAUUUUGUUUUUUUUUUUUUUUAUUUAUAAUAAUUAUCAUCUAUAUGUUAUUAUUAUUGUUAUCGUGAACAAUUAACGUACCUUCAAAACAAUAAUAUAAUAUAAUAAUAUGUAGGUACACGCGGUGUACGGAGUGGCGGCGACGGCCGACGGUGGCUGUAAGGCCAAAAGGGACGCGAGAGGAGACGGGAGAAAUCUACAUAUUAAUAAUAAUUGGAGUAAUUAUAUCGCGGCGCGACGUCGGCAAAAUAUAAAAGAAAAUAAUUUUUUUUUUCUUUAAAUUUAUAUAUACAUAAUAUUAAUUAUUAUUAUUUAUCUCGUCCGACCUGCAGCAGACAGCGAAUAGUGUAGCAUGAUAUAACAUUAAUACUCAGGUACCCGAUGUGCUGCAGUCUACACAAUAUAUACACUAAACACGCCGCGCACCACGAGUAGGUAUUUUUAAUAACGACGUGUUAUAAUAAUAUAGGAGUAUUUUUCGAAAAAUUAUGUUAAUUAGCUGUCUGGCACGGGCACAUUAUUAAAAAAAUAAAAAUGGUUUCCUUAUUUCCACCCUCAUAUCUGUCACGGUUAACCGUUAUUCCCGGUGUUUUUUUUUUUUAAAGCACUUGAGUAAACUCAUACGUUCCAAAAAAAAAAAAAAAAAGGAAAACGAGUUAGUGACACUGUUUUAUGGGAAUUUUGAAAACGAUUAUGAUUCUGUAAUAAGGUAAUUUCAUAAAACGCACAAGAACGGGUCUAAAUUCAAUCGUUUCAACCGGCUACUGUUGCGAUUUGUGUCAAAAAUCACAUGGUCCAUAAUAUGAAAACUCACAAUAAUUUAAUACCUAAUAAUAAAUCAUGAUCUGAAUAUUUUGGUUUUACCCUUUUAUUACUUUUAAAUUGUAUAGUAUUUUAUUACACUUUUUAUUCUUUUUCAGCCACCCCCUUUAGGGACAAUGGAAAAUCUGACCAUGGCAGUACCUUCCCUCUAAAUGUAGAAAUGUCACGUCAUUGAGGUGGCCAUUGAAAUAUGUCAAAAAUUAAUUUUAAACCUUACAAAAGUUGGGGAAUAUCCCGAAAAUCAGCUCCGAAUCAUAAAUAAUUAUAAAAAUCUGAAAAUAAAAACCGAAAUUUAAUUUACUCAAAAAAUACUCAAAGAUCAAGUAUUAUUAUACUAUAUAUGUAUAAUUGCUGGUCUAAAAAGAAUAAAGAAUCUCCCUGUAUUUCAAUAUACCUACCAUUAUAUUAUUUUCUAAAUAUUUUAGAUUUUAUUUCUAAACAAUGGAAACCGUGUACGGGUUUCGUUUUAUAAUAAAAAUCUGUUGUAAAAAAAAGUUUCAUAACCCGCUUUAUUGUUGUAAAAUAUAAUAAUAUUCAUGUUAUAAACAACCCAGGAAUCGACAAUAGUUAUUUAAAAAAUGUAUAUGUAUAUGAAUUUCUGUAAACCUACUUAAUUGUUAUUGUUAUCCCGACGUAAUAUUCUGUAUACAAACGAACUCGAGAAAAUCAGUUUCUGAACCGCUGUACGUAUGAUAUGUAUAAGUGUAUAAUAUACGUAACGUACCUAAUAAUAAUAUAUGGCUACAUUAAUAUAUAGUUGAAUAUUAUGCUGCUACUUAACAGAACGAAUUGUUUGUAUAUUAAGAUAAAUAUUUGUGUACGUGUUGAGAUUUAAAAAAAUAAAAAAUAAAAAAUAAAAUGUAAACAAUGUAUUUCACGUGGCCUCAGUUCCUACCGGUCUCAUUACUCAAAGAAACAGUCUCUCUCACUCUUUCUUUCUCGGUCUUUCGUUCUGUUUAAUGAUUGAUAACAUACUUAUUGUUUUGUUUUGUUUUACGAUAAAACUGCGGUGGCGGCCGCGUGACAGUAUGGCGGCUUUGUUUGAAAACACUCGAAAAUAAAUCACAUUUUAAACGCCGACCGUAUAGUAUGACGUGCCGUAUAUAAUGUAACAGUGAUGUAAGUUUUCGUAAAAGUCGGUUGAAACUUUACUGAAACCAUGAAUAUUGAAAACAAAUACGAGUUUUCGAUUUAAAAUAAUUUUUGUACAAAUAUUUGCAUAGGUACCUACAAUAUAUACAUGUCAUUUCGAAGGCUUUUUAUUCGAAAAAGAAGUUAGGAAAGUCAGCUUUACGAGCUCGCGAAAUUCUCGGUUUUUAAGUAUUUCAAAACUAUUAAUAUUACACUUGCAAUUUCAAAAGAAUUCGAUAACUAUAGUACAUAUUAUUUGUAAAUAAUUGAUAGGACAUGUUUUAAUUUCUUAACAUAGGUACUUAUAUUUAUUUGAUACUAUCUACAUAUUUUUUGAUAUUACACUAGCAGUUUUGACAAAAUGUCAAGGGGAAAGGGCGAUUUUAUUAGUAGGGCACAAAAAUAUUUUUUUUCUUACCAGAGAGCCCAUCCAAGUUAUUAACUUAUAGUUAUUAUUUUUAAUUAAUGCAAAGUAUAAGCAAAUAAUUUAAAUACGUAUGUAAUAAAAAAUAGAGAAAUGUAAAAUAUAAAUUGUCUAAAUCGCCAUAAUUUUUUUAAUAGAUAUUUAUAUAUUAAAAUUCCUAUACUAUUAUUUUGUAUAGGAAUUUUAAUCAAUAAUAAUAAUAAUACAUUCCUAUCUCCUUGUCGACCAAAUAAACAACUGUAACUAUGUACUAAUAACUAAUUUACUUUUAACUAUACAAGCGGGGGUAGGGGGUAUUUUGGUGUUCAAACACCACCCUUUUACUAUAUUUAUGGCAAAAUUAUAAUUUGUACUAUAUGCAGUUUUGUAUCAGAUUUCUACAAGAUGUGUUGUGUCACGCAUAGAUAAUUAUUAAGUAUAAUAUGUUAUAUGUGUUACAUACGUACAAUAAAGUUAAAAAAUUACGUCUAAACACAAAAUAAAAACAACCCCCUAAAAAAAUGCUAAUGCUAUGCUAUACCACUGAACUAUAUACGAGCGGACACAAGAUGUCAUAACUUGUGUUUGGAAACCUAAAAAUCUUGAAAUAAAUAUAACAUAUGGUAUUGUGGUAUACUUGCAGUGAAUAUUUGUCUAAUAUUAAGUUAGUCUAAGAACAUAGAAUAGACAAAGAAUAUCGUCGUCAUAGUAAGAGCGUCUUUAUGGGGAGGAGUGUUCAAUGACGAUGAUCGCCCCCACCCCCAAGAGAUUUGGAUUUACAAUAGCAUUCGAUAUAGUCAUUGAUCUUGAAAUAAGUAUUAUAUGAUCGUAACGUCCAUAAUCAACAUACUCUUUGAGACAACAAUUAAAAACAAUAUGAUUGACGAUAGUAUAUUGACAAAUAAUAAACGAGAACAAACGGAAAAACAGCGGUUCGAUUACGCCAUGGCCAAUUAAAAAUUGUAUACUUUAGGAAAUUGAAAAAAAAAAAAUGUUUGUAAUAUAUAAUAUUAUAAUAUACUACUAAUGGCGAUUUAUUUUUAACGUUAUGACAUUUUUUAAACACGAAUAUGUUUUGAGGGUAGGGGUUCUAAAUUCUAAAAAACGAAAAAUAUCCGAAUAUUUCGAACGUCAAUAUCAAAUUUUCAAUUAUUCUCUCCCCCCCCCACAUAGCCAAGUUCUAGAAGCACCCCUACACUAUACACCUACAGUACGUAGAUUUGAACCGCUCGGUUUCGUCAUCGCACAAAAACCGUUCUGUGUACUAGGUUUGUACGUAUAUUUCAUUAGUAUAAACGAUUAUAAUAUUAUUAUAGGUUACUGGGGGAAAGAACCGGCGGUGGCGACGAGGACUUUGGCGCGACGAUGACAGAAAGACGUGUGAGCGUCGUGCCGUGUGUGUGUCACGCGCGCCAGCGUGCGUGUGUCUACGGAUAAAAAAUAGUAAUAUAAUAAUAUUACCUUUUUUUUUCUUCUUUUGAUUGAUGACCGUCGUCGUCGUCACGUCGGCGGAGCUGAUAGAAAUCUCCGCAAGAAACGGAAAGUGUGUAAAUAUGUGUGUGUGUGUGUGUGUGUGUGUGUGUGUGUAUGUGUGAUGUGUACCGGCGCUCUUACCGCGGCCGAUACAAACGAACCGGCUGCGCGCGGAGGACUUUUUGUCUCGGGUUUCUUUUUUUCUCUCUCUCUCUCAAUCGCCUUGUCGGCGAGAACUCUACGUGUACGGGUAUACUGCGGCAGGUGUACGUUAUUAUUAUUAUUAUUAUACAGUCGUCGGGCACAUUUUUGUUAUAUUAUACAGUGUGAGACGUGCCUAUAAAUACGCGAUAUAUUUUAUAACGUAAAACGAUGUUUCGAUUUCGUGUGUAAAACGUAACGCGCGCGCGCGAUUAAACGCGUCGGCUCGAUUAUCGUCGAUAAUCGACAAGGAUGACAAUAAUAUUCGUAGUAGGCGAUAUAUGGUAUUAACCCGUAACGACAUUCGUGUUUUUAACCAGAUGGGUACCGGGGCGAAAAGACAACGAUGCAGUAUAUACAUGUAUAAAGUGGCGUAUAACCAGGGCGAGGGGUAUUGUAAUCCCCUACCCGCAUUGCUUUAUUUUGUUAGGUAAGGUUAAAACGGUUAUACACUCCCAAAUGAACCCGCCUAGACCUCCCUAACAUCAGUACGAAUUAAUUGUUGUAUGUUUAAGCCAAUAAGAGACGGAUGAAAUAACUCUAACCCCCUAACCUCCCUAAUCCUCUGCGCACAACACUAAUCUCGUUCUUCUCUCUUCUUCUUUUUCUUCUUCGUCACAUCACUCAUGUGCAGCCUCAAUACUCGUCUUAUUAUUCAGCUUCUACACUGCACAUCCACUACACUACAUCAUGUAGCGAUCCGACGUUAUCGCCGUUUCUUCGUCAGGGAAAAAUUAACCCGUGUUACGAUGGCCAGCGGCCUGUGAAAUCCUUAAGAAAAAAUAUAAUACACGUGAUUUGGUGUAGGGAAAAAACCAUUAAGAACUAAGAAAGAAAGUUCGCUUUCCAGUACAAUAAUUUGUUUAUUAUUGUAUUUUACGAGCCACUCCCUUUUCCUAGCUCACGCCCGUUACCUGAUUGAAAUUUCAAAAUCGUGCGUAUAAGUACUGCAAAAAUAAUGAAACGACGCCCCUGACCAUAAUAAUAUUUUAUGUAUAAGCGUUUAUAGUUUUGACCGAACCGAGUAUUAUAUAACGACGUUAAUUUCAGUACAAAGUAUAUACCAAACUAGCAUAUUAAAGCGCCAUAAACUACUUUAGUGAUUUCAGUGUAUAUAAGGUUGCCAAAAUACUUUGAUAAUUUUUCAUAUUUUUUUUUAUACGAAAUAUAUAAUUGGAGAAAACCUAAGAGAUCUUCUUUUGAUCAUUUCAAAUUUUCAAAUGCAAUAAAUUAUGUAAAUAAAAAAAAACAACAGGGGUUAUAGUUAGAGAUAACUAAAAAAUUACCGAUUUCAAUAAAACAAGCGACUUUUCUUUUAGAUCUCAUACAUGCAUUUAAAUGACUCUUUUUUAUUCAUACAAACCUACUUAUUUUGAUCUCGAUGCAGCUACACUCGACCCUGAAUAUAAGAGGACGGUCCACUUUCUGUCACCAAGUUCAAUGCUUAAAAUUCGAAAAUUAUAUUUGUUUUUUUCAGUUUUCAAAUAAGACGAAGUCGCUACUUAUGACCGUAUAUUGGGAACCUAUUUUUAUGUUAAUAUUCGAUUUAAUUUAUGUGAUUAUUGUGAAAUAAAAAUCAAAACAAAACCAUAAAUACGUUAUAAGUUUACCAAUAUGCAGUUCUAAUUUCAAAGUCUUAAGGACACUAUGGAACGAAGAAUUUUCAGUGUUAAAAUUUUUAUUUUCCUAUCUAUGACUAUUUUAUGAAUAAAAAAAAAAAUUAAGCGGCCCUAUAGGUGGUGACCUACCCCAGUUAAUUAGAAUGUGACAUUUUUCGUUUUAUGUAUAUUGACGAGUUCCCUCGGUCAAUUUUCGGGAUGUAAAUCGGAAGUAGAAUAAAUGUUCGUAUUCCAGCGAUCCAUGGUUACGGAUUACAUAAUGAAAACUGAAAAAAUGAAGUUAAACUAUAUAUUUGUUAGUGAUUAAAUCCAAAGCGUUUUCCCUGGAGUCUAUGAACCGUAUCAAUCCAAAGGAUAUUAAAUGAUAUGACUCCACAUUCAUAAUUUCUUGUACACGAUACUGAAUAUAAUAUUUUACAGUAAACGGUACUAUACAAUAAAUCUAGAAACAUUUGAAGUUAAUUUAAUUAAACAAUACACCUAAACAGUUUUAAUAAAAUUACCGAGUAAAACCAAUUAUCUUACCUAAUCUAACAUUAUUUUAGUCGAACUAUAAUUUAUGUGACUAUUUGUGUACCACGCAGUUAUUUGAACGUGCUUAACUAGCUAUUAUAUAGGCAAAAAUAUAAUCGUUUAUACUUGAUUAUUUUGAAUAAGUUAAUUAUUUUUUUCCCGUGCAGCGAAUAAUAUAAUAUUCAAAUAUCGCAUUGUUUUAUUAAUACAUAUACGUAUACUGCAAUACGUUAUACAAAAACAAUAAAAAAAAAAACGUCUCAAUGUUUCCUACUGGUACGCCACUGCGGCACCGCGACAAUCGGUUUCUUUCUUUCUUGUUUUUUUUUUUUUUUUUUAAAUGCUGUCAUCCAGUCCAGUUGACUGUAUGCGUGUGCCGGACUCGAUCGCGUUAUACCGGAUUCUGCACGCGGACCGCGCACAUUCCGUCCAGCCGUUUCGCAGUAUUUCGCGGUCGUUUCCGAACCACCGUCCGUUCGUCGUCCAUCACACCCACCGGCGGCGGCAGCGAUUUCAUUGUUAUUGUUAAUUACGUAUUAUUGUCGUGGUGCAGUCAUAGUGCUUCGCGUAAAUCUGCAACGACGAAACGCGGGCAAAGUUAUCGGGGAAAAAUCCGAACGCCGGCAACAGGUCCGGGCGAUUUUUUAUCAGUUUGAUAUUCGAAUCGGCGGCCGCGUUUAUAUGCCCGUCCCGAAAUGGUUUCAAGGGUUUUAUAGAAGUUUAUACGAAACGCGAACGGUCGUACACUCUUGUUCGUGCAAAUUUUGCCGAAGGAAGUUAGCGUGUCCAGAAUAUAAAAACCUGCACAGGCAGUCUGCGCUCGGGUCUCGGCCCGUGAAAAACCGCAACGACGAGUUGACCGAGUUACGUAUUUCCAUUAAUUAUACUGUUAUCGAGCCGAACUCGAAAUCACGACUUGAGAACCGUAGUAAAUGGAUAUUUUGCGAGACUGCCCUUAUCGCAACCCACCCCUCUCCGACAUGGGUGCGCGUAGGUAAAAUUUCGGGGAGGACACGAAAUAAAAAAAAAUCUCAAAAAUGUAUUCUAUUAAUAAAGUUUUAGCGAUAUUGCAACAAAACAAAAAAUGACAAAAUAUGAAAAAAUUUCAGGGGGAGCAGUGCCCAGUCUUCUUCUAGUUUUUAUGCGUAUUUUACUAUAUAGGGUGUUGUCGUCAUAGUCCCGGGAAGGGUUUUCGUGUCUACAACGCGCGGAAAACAGAUUAGGUGCCGAUUACUAUGCGGGUGCACAAGUUUGAAAAAUGGCUGAUCGAUCCGUCAUAACAUUAUAUAUUCUAUCGUAUAUUUUUUAAUUUUAUAUGUUUUUCGAACCGAACCCGUUCGGACUAUUCGACCGUUUCCGUUCCCGGCAGUUGGCCAUUCGAACUUUCGCCGGCUUCUCCCACUGCCCCCGACCCCUUCGCACUACCCGAUAGCCGUUGUCCGACGCCCGCCACGGUUCCACGGUCGUCGGCGGCGGCGGCGGCGGCGGCGGCGGCGGCGGUAACGCACGUACAUACGCGUAUUAUAUAAUAUCGUUAUACUAUUAUAAUAUACUUAAGCUCGGGUACGCGUAGUAGGUGCGUAUGUAUAUAUAUGUAUACAGUAGGUAGGCACAAUACGUAUACAACAAUAUCGUGCGUGCGUGCGUGCGCGUAUAGAGCACACAGCUGUCGGGCGGCGGCGGAACAUCAAAGGCGCUCGGCGACCCCUGCGGGCCUACGUUCUCGUAUAUUUUGUUUACACAGGCGGCACGCAUUCAAAGGCGGCAAACCAAUUGUGAUUUUGCACGUCCGAAAGGAGCCGGCGGCCGCCGCCGCCAACGGUACACACGCACGCGCGCACACACACGCACGCGCACCGACACAUACACACGCGCACUACCGCGGCCCGCGCAUAUCAUAUAAUAUUUAUUGUUCUUGAUAAACAUACGUAUACGCGCGCGCACACACACACGAUACGUGUGUGUGUGUGUGUGUGUGUGUGUGUGUGUAUAUACGUAUAAUACGACGAUCAUAUUAAUACCAUUCUUUUCCCACUCCAUAUUUUUUUUCUCCGGCCGCCGUCGUUUUUUUCCGCUCUUUUUCCCAUCGCGCGCACAAUAAUGGGAUUUUCUUCCCGCGGUUUAUACAUAUCAUUAUUAUUAUUAUUAUUAUUAUAUUAUUAUCGUGCAUAUAUACGUGUACGGUAUAUACAAUAUUCUUUUGUAUAAUAUUAUUAUAAUACGCGUACAACGCGCUACAUAAUGUACCGUUUACACGCGCGUAUAUGUGCCGCCGCAGACGCCGCGCCGUUAAACCGCGACCGUCGUCAUCGUCGUCGCGUACCGUCACCGCGACGUACUAAGGGCUGAUUUUCGGACUGGGUGAAAAAACUGAUUCGAAACAAGUUUGAAAUAAAUCAAAAAAAAAAAAUCCCGUAGUUUUUUGGGAUUAUUGUCGUGACGCUAAAUGGCGCCCCGCGUGGCUUCGCUUAAAUUUUCUCGUAAUUCAAAAUGCACGUGUCUUCGCCACAAUGUUAUUAAGAGGACGUUACGCAUGCAUUAACAUUGUCGGUUCCGUCUUACAAACACGAGAUACGGUAUAAACGCGCUUACGCAGACUACACAGAACUCGCUUAGUUUUGGAUUAAGAGUAAAAUGACCUAGGAUGAAAUCAAUAGAGAACAAUAUUUCGGAGGACAAGACGUUGCGUUUUUUUGAAAAAAUUAUUUUUUUUAAAGUUUUAGUAAAUUAAAAACCCAGUUGAAACAGUCGUUAUUUAUAAACGGUAAAUUGACUGUUAUAUUCAGAUAAAAUGGAAAAACGCAUCGUUUCGCCCUCCGGAAUAUUUUUCUAUUUUGAUUUUAUAAUAAGAGUUUUUACUCUAAAACCAAAAUUAAACGAGUUCUUUGUAGUCUGCGUAUCGUGCGUUUUUAAGACGGAAACAACAAAUUCAUGUGUAGCGUCUCUUAAGUCCUCUUAAGACUUUAGUUUAUCUCUAGACUACUACCCUUCUUCGAGGGGGUGGGGGGAGUACUUGACGGAGUUAUAAUAAAACAUACACUUGAAAUAAAAAACGUUCAACUCUCGCGAGGCGCCGUUUAGCGCGUCAAAAUAAAAUUCUAAAAAAAACUUGUAAUUUUUUUUUUUGGAUCAUUUUAAAAUAUUUCUAUUUGGAAACUUUGAUUUAAAAAAAAAUCAAGUAAAAAACACCCUAACCUAUACAUAUAAUAAUAUACGGUGUACGAUUUUGAACGCAGUGACGAACGUAUUGGUGGCUUCUCAAAGAACUCUCGCUCGAAUUUCAAGUGUAGGAUCUAUUCUGAAAGGCAAUUUUGUCUGGUUGGUACGUUCUGGAGAUUUUUGAGCUUUUUCACACGCAUUUAACAUUUUAGAUUUUUUAUUUUUUAUUUUUCAAUAGAUUUUACGUAGAUAGAAUUAUUUUAGUCGAUCAGAAGUGUAUGGAAAUUGUACACGACGUUCCCAUUUACUAACUUCGUUUAGACGUCGUAAGCGCUUCUAAAUUGACCUCGAGACAACUGCAAGUAUGAUAACGUAAUUACAUUUUUUCCUAGUUUUUUGUUUUUUUAAAUUUACACGGAAUUUCGUAUAAUUAUAAAAAAAAUCCAAAACGGUAAAAUAUACUGAGCUCAUGGCGGCUGGCACGAACACCUUUGGCACGGAUUUCGGGUGGUCUACAAGAAAACAAAUCAUCUCGUUUAACGACAUUAAACUCCAUUGGAAAUACUUCUUUUUUUUCCCCCGAUCCGUAAAUAAAAUAUGUAACGCAGGAAAAAGGGAUCGUCUACAAAUAAUAGCGCGGCGGGUACACCGUCGGUGCUGGAGGUCUCGCACUUCAUUGUCGCGGGCCAACUGGGACGCGAGCGUGAAAUCGAAAUUCUCUCCGGUCGGUAGUGGUCCAGUCCGGCACUGCAGCGAGUAAACCGCGGUUACCCAGAAUGCACAGUCGCGCAAGUCCUAAGACGCUUACUAUAACUGCCGUAAACAGCUGAACGAUAUAGUCAACGUAGACUACUCCGUAAAACCGGAAACGGACUAUUGUCACGUGCCAGCGGUUCAAGCGGUGAAAAACUUCGAAUGGGAACUCUAUAUUUACCGGAAAUCGAGGGGGCGUUACCGAGAACUAGCCAAACCCACCGACCAAAUACUUUCAAUAAACUCAUCAUAUUGCGGAUAAGAGACGUUCAGAAUAUCUUUUCUCUCACGCACAUUUUCUCGUAAAAUUGGGAUACUAAUAGGGUGUGCCGAUAAACUGCACCCCUUCAAAUAUUAUCCUCCACAUAUGCUUGGUCAGUAAAAAUAAAUGGAACAGUGUCCGGUUACGUGUUGUCCACUUUAAUGAACAUGAGAACGUCUAUAAUAUUAUAAAAAAAAAAAACGUUAAAAAUAAAAUAUGGUUUCCAUUUUCCAACCAGUAUGUCGGUUAAUUUCAAUAUAAACUCGUAAAUAUGUAUUUCAAAUGUCAGUUUUAUAUUGGUUGCAAAUAUCGACUCACCGCUUAUAAUGUUACCCCGAGAACGAAACGAACUAUAUACCGCAUGUCGAAUAGGCAUAGGACACUUCUUCCCUCAACAUAACAAGCCCGAACUAAAAUAUGAUAUGUGGUGUGUUAAGUUGUUUUCCCAAAAUAGUAAGAAUUCGUUAACGUAGUCCGGUCGCAUAUUAACAUAUUACACACGAAAUAAAAUUCUACCUGAUGUGAUUUUGUAUUUUUUUUUUAACUUUGAUAAUUAUUUUAAUCAUUUUAAUAACCGUCUCAAAGAAACGAUUUUUUCACAUCAACUUAAACUUUUACUUCCCGAUACCCAUUUAGGGGCCAUUUUUACGGACAAAUAUUACUUUUUUUUUUUUUUAUAAACAACAACAUUUUUCAAGUCACUCCGAUUUUUCAUUUGAUUUCAAAUAAUAAUAUAAAAAUGUUGGUAAAAAAAACAUGUAUACAAAUUUACCUUUUUUUAAAUACGUAUUAUAAAGACUGAAAUAAAAAUUUUGACAGAGUUCAAUGCGGUCCGCAAAAAAGUCGUCCUCUUUGCAACACAAAAAUAACCAUUAAUUAACAGAUUAUUCCGAUUCCUAGUCGUUUUUUUUUUCCUAAAAACAUGCGUUACAGGAGAAACUCCCAUGCCCCCGUAGAGCAGUCAGAUUCCAAUGAUAUUUUUUAAAUAUUUUUUUUUUUUGUCCAAACAAUUUAAUUCGGAGGUUUCUCACUUUGUUAUAAAUUUUGCACGUUAAAUGACAUGUGUAACGUUUCACUACAUUUAUAAUACUCAUGACACGUAGAUAUUGUACUCGCGUAUUUGAUUAUUUCACGUGUAUAUACAAUAAUAUAAUUGUGCGUCGAAAACGAAUAGCGAAGUGUAUUUUGUAUACUAUCCACAACAUGGGCGGUUAACGUGAAAUAUACCGCCGUACAAAUUGUAUACAAUACAAUACGCGUCUUGCAUAUACUUGCGCAGGACGGCAGGUUUUUCGGCCCUAGCCCCACUGGGAGAGCGCUCGACGGGGAGGCCUCCAGUGUUCUCGGGCGGGUGCUACAGACAAAACGGCAAAAGCCCGCCCGCCGCGUGUUCGGUUGCUGCGAGCACAAUAAUAAUAAUAUAUCAGACUACGCUCACCCAGUAUAAUAUUAUUAUUAUAAUAACAACUGCGAGAUUCCUGUCCGAAAUUCUCUUGUACGUUACAUAAUAAUAAUAUAUUAACAAUAAUGGCUGAUGUAAUAAUAUUGCGCCCAGCAUCUUGACAACCGCGUAGAAAUCCCUAUUAACAUACUUUCCUGGUUCCGAUAGUAACGAUUUUUCUCCCCGGAAACAAUUCUUCGGCCAGUGAAAAUGCCUCCGAUUUUUCCAUUUGCGGAUAUUUCACGUGAAUUACUUUACUUUGAAAUGUUCAAUAGUUCCCCCCCUCCCCAGACACACCCACACACACACACUAUAGACCCUUUUGUUUUUCUUGAAAAACGCUUCGAAUUAUUCACAUCGUACCAUAUUAAAGAUGCUGACUUUUUGCCCGGUGGUACAUUAUUCAAAAGACGUUUCUAAUAUUACGACUUUCCGAAAUAACUUCAAAAAACGAGUGUCGGAUACGUUGGUUUUAUUUUUAUUGAUUUGAGGGUCAUCUUAGCUGUUCAAUAGGAAAAACUCGAUCAAUAUUAUAACCAUACCGUUUCAACAGAAACCGUUCAAAACUAUUUUUUUGAUUUAUAGUAGCUUUCACUACAUAAACUCUUUUUCAACCCAAAGAUUUAUGUAACUCAUUUAUUGACAACUGAAUAUUUCUUUAUCAUAUCUUUGAGAUCUUUGUAAGGAGUAACUCUCACAUACGUCUUUAAUUGGCCUAACUUAAUCUAACCUUAAUAUUGGUUUUCCUCUUGAUCGUGAUCCCUCCUCCACUAUCCCUUCAAUAAUUAUUGAGCCUAAUUUAUACCUAAUUCAUAACCAUACCUCGGUGAGUGUCCUAUAUCAUUUGACAUCUCCUUUUCUUUUCUAUUAAUAUUCGUUUCUCUUCUAUUGUCUUUAAGACAUCAUUUGUUCUUCUUUCAGUCCAAAUUAUUCUCUGCGUCUUUCUCCAAUACCAUAUUUCUAUUAGAGCCUCAAGUACAUCCUUGAGGCUCACGUGCGUAUAAAGCAACGCUCCAUACGUACGUUUUUAUCGGUUUCUUUUUGGUAUUUAUAUAAGUAUGUUUAUAGUUUUCGCUAUCGGUAGUUUGUCUUCUUCAUUGAGGAAGAUAAGAUUUUCGUUUGUCCCUUUGUUCCGGUUUUGAUUUCCUUUGUGGAUGAAUCCGGCAUAUUAUUCUAAGUCAUCCUAUACCUUCCAGACUUCCCAUCCGUACAAUCAGUGGCCCGAUACCGCCACGAUGCGAAGCACACAUAUAUAAUAUAAUAUUCAAUUUUCGUUCGCUAAAUCAAAAGCCGCGGUGUAUCUACCAAUACGCCAAAUGUACGCGAGGUACUCGAGCAAAUAAAAAAAAACCGAAUAUUCUAUCAGGCGUGUAUAAUAAUAUUUUACUACGUAUAUAUAUUAUAUUAUCGCGUGUCUAUAUGGUCGAGGAAAAAUUACGCUCAACGUACAACAAUAAAAAAAAAAUAAUAAUAAAUAUAAUAUUCAGGAGCCUGUUGUUGCCCAUGUAUAAUACCAAACUACUCGAGAUACGUCGUAUUCGUUUUCGCGUCGAGCGUAUUGGGCCGUGUACGCCGAUUUUUUUUUUUAAGUGGUGCACGUGUGUGUUUUAUAUUACACGAGAACGUAUGCCUAUAUGACGUAUAGUAUUAUAUUUAUACAGCGAAGAAUCAAAAGAAAAAAAAGAACUUAUUUUCACUCGAGGGGAAAGAAAAACGUAUAUAAACUGCGCACACAAGCGCACUCGCCCGUACGAUAUUUCAGCUCUACACUCACGGGUAAUUUUCGGUUUAUCGUCGAAUUUUUUAAGAAAAAAAAAUCAAAAGAAAAAUAAAUACCGCUCCGGUUAUUAUGCUACUCGAUCGCGAAAUAAAUUUACGCGGUAUCGAAAACUCGUAUGCGAUAUUACUCGGCAAGAGCGCGCCUUUAUUUCUUUUGAAAACGGUUCAAAACGAUUUUAUCGAAUCAGGGAAAACGUUACACGAAAUUUCACUGACAAGUGGUGGUAAAAUAAAAAAAAGACUGAUGUUUUCCCCCAUACGAAUUACAAUUGUAUUCGACUGAAUAUUCCAUUUUUUCCCUUAAUCUUUCGAGUGAUACAUUUUUGUAUCCAAAAAAAAAAAAAAAAAAAAACAAUAAUAAUAAUAAUAACCAAAUCGAUUGAUACAACCCUAUGUCCUGACCUUUUUGACAACGUUUACUGUAAACGGUGUCAACGACUAUAAUGCUUAACGAUGAUAUGAUAUUUCAUUUUUAUUCCGUUUUUAAUUUUUUUAAUUUAUUACGAUUUCAAUGGUUUGUCGACCAGUUUUCCGUAUUUUGUGGUGUUUACAAGAAGUAUUUCCAUUGACUCGAAAAUCACGACCCGCCGAGUUUCCGACCCUAUACACGUAUAUUAUGUUUGAUCUCGGAGAAAGGGUAUAGUUUUCAAAUACGAGCAAAUUGAAUUUCGAAAAUACAUAAUAAAUACGCAUAAUAUACGCUUAUGCCGUGAAGACUGAAAAAACAAAAGGGAAACAAUAAUUAUACGUAAGACAAAAUGAUUUUUAAAAAAAACAACAACAAUUAACUCAAGGACCGAAAUUAUAACGUCCAAUGUUUCGAGCUUGUGCGUGGGUUUACAUCCCCCCCCCGCCCCCUCAAACAUAUAAUAAUGGUAAAGUAAUAGGUACCUAUUAUAUUAUUAUUACGUAUACUCUACAGUUCCUUUUCGACCGGUAUUAUAAUAGUGUCGUAAACCCGAUCGCCGUGUGCCCCUAUCCCCCUCCCCCCCAUUAUCAGACGGCAUUAUUAUCGUCGUAUAUUAUAUUUAUAACUUCGGUUGAUAUUCCGAGGCGGUCCGCCACGAUCAAACGGUUCUCUUCGGCAGUCAUAUUGUACACUGUCCGCGUUUUUUUUUUAUUAUUAUUAUUAUUGUAGGUUUAUAAUAUUGUUAUACGUAUUAUACCGGAGCCCUUUGACCGGCUCUUUUGUUUUCUCUGUUUACAACCUUUCGGCGGGUUUGUAAUAAAAUACGCCUUUUAAAUAGAACAGACCGCUUGUUCUAUUACAAACGUACCCAACCUAUAUGUAUACGCGGAUAAAAGGUUUGAUCAUUCUUCGUGAACCACAGAGAGCAACCGUCGUCGUCGUAAAACGCGUCAAACCGCAUUUGUCUUUUUUUUGCGAGGUAUCGUCAGAGACCGCGCGCGCUUAUUUUAUGGACAUUUGGAAAGCACGUGUACGAUUAUUUCGUAGUAAUAUUCACUCGUUUACAUAAAAAUUUCCGAAAAAAAAAAAAAAAAAGGUAUUUAAAUAUAAUGUAGUUAUAAAAUAUACACGCGCUCGCAGAUAUAUGAUAAACUGGUAUUAUAAAUUUUGAUUUACAAUAUUAUAUUUACAACAAUUAUUAUUAUUAUUAUAGCCACGUGCACGUAAUAAUAUUGUAAAAAUCAUUUUGUAAUAACAACAUUUAUGGAACCUCGUAACGGCCGGGUGUCGUUAAACGGGCCGGAGCAAAAAUCGUAAAAUGUCUAACCUAUUUUAUUUUAUAUUAUACGUUCAAAACGAAUAGGUAUAAGUACCUCUAUUCAAAUUCGGUCAUUUAAUUAAUAUGCACUAACAAAUCGUUUCCAACUAGAAAAAAAAAUAAAAAUAUUUUAUUUGAGCGCAGCGAAGCUAUUAUAGUUUUACCGAGACGUGUUUUUUUCCUCGGAAGAACACAUUUUCGGAUACUUAAAACUUUCUGAUUUUUUCACGCAAUACCUUAAAAUAUAUGUAUUUUUCUCCCGAUGAUAUUUUAUUCGAAAAGUUUUUUUAAUUUCCAAAAGUUUUUCAGAAAAAAACCGACAAUAUACAGCGAUUCUUUGGUUUUAUUUUUGUCGAUUUCUGAUGAUGUAUCCGUCGGACUACUGCAACAGCAAAGGAAAAAAAUUAACUAUACUAUAAAAUACUAUUAUACGAUGCCAUUACCUAUUUAUCUCUGAAUCGUUUUUCGCUUACAACAGAUUUUUAGAAUAAUUCAGUAUAUACCUUAUUAAAUGAGCAUUAUCAACAAUUUAGAAUUCGAUACUCGAUACCUACUCGUUUUAUUUUGAUACUCGAUCCUCUAUACCGUUGAUCUUCCAUUUCUAAUACCUUCUCGACUUAAGUUCUCAGUAUAGUACGUCAGUAUCGCAUCAAAAAUCAUCGUUUUUGAAAUAUGAUAUUCUUGAUCGUUCUCGCGGUCUUUUUAUAGUCAUUUGUUCUCUCUUUUCUAUUAUAAUAUGUAUAGAAAUUCAUCUGCGUGUCUCAAUCAUAUUCCGUCGUCCGAUUUGAAUCGUACCGAGUGCCUGGUUUCAUUUACUCGAUUUGUUAGCGUUACUUACUAUAUAGUAUGAUAGUAAAGUAGCUCGUCUUAACUUUCAAAAAGAUUUCGUUCCGAUGGGGUGUUCGACACCACGCGUAAUAUUACAACGACGCGGUGGAUCGAUAAACGAAUCUAUAUUUUUACUCCCGUGGACUUAAUAUGCACUGUCCCUCGUUACACCUAUUCCGUUUUACAACUUGUCGGUUCGUAUACUAUUAUUGUAUUAUUCGUUAAUAGGCGUUUAUCCAGAAUUGUUUUUUGCCUCCUCUCGAGUAUAUAUAUAAUUUUUAAGUCGGUCUCUCUCUCUCUCUCUUUCUCUCUCUCUCUCUCUCUCUCUAAAUGUUUAUUCUAUAACAUCUCGGUCCGCGCACGGUCGGCCCCGCGUCCGGUCCGCGAGCCCGCAGUUAUCCCGUGUAAGGCACACCGUACGCGUACGUAUAAUAAUACGUACAACAAUAUAAUACACAACGACUUUGGCGGCAAAAACUCGCGCGGCGCAACAUUAUACGCGCGUUUCGAUUAUUAUUAUUAUUUAUACGUGUCGGAUAAGCCGCCGACGACGAGCGCAUAUAUUAUAAGAGAGAUAAAAAAAAAUAAAAAAAAAAAAUGGAAAAAAAAAAUACGCGCGUGUUGUAUUACAAUACGUACGCACGUUACGUGGUGUACACGUAUAUACACAAUAUACUUACUGCAGUAUAGACGAGCGUGUUAUAAUAAUAUUAUAAUAUGCGGCGGCGGCGUCGUACAGGAGGUACGCGCGGGUGUACUACGCACAGGUAUAUAAUGCAAUAUAAUAUACACGCGACGCGGUGGGCGUUACCUCUCGGCCGGGCGAUAGUCCUGUUCGGUAUACGCGUACCCAAUUAGCCGCUAAAUUACGAUCUCCCGGGUCCCGGCUACUGAAUUUAACGCGCGCGCACACGCGCGCGCGCUCGCGACACAAUGUACCGGGAGCGCUCGAAAACCGAACGUUUUUUUUUUUUUUUUUUGUGUUUUCCUCUCCGUCUGCUCUUCUUUUCCCCCCCCGCGACCGGGGCUGCGACGGCGGCGCGGUAUUAUUAUUCUCUUCUGUAUAAAAUACGCGUGAAUACGUAUUAUAGGUAUACCCACCUACCCGCCUACCCAUUUACCUACCCACCUACCUAAUUCACUCGGAAUCGGUUGUAAAUUACACCCUUUGAAGUGUCCGCGACCGCCGCCGCGGCGUAUUUCUACAUUAUUAUUAUUAUUAUUAUUAUUAUUAUAUGUACGCGCGUACCUAUACACGUUUUUUAAUAUAUUAUACGACCGCUGUGCAACGACUCCGCGCGUUGUCUGCAGCUGCGCCGGGGCCGACGACGACGACGCCGGAUUGGUUUUACGCGGGGCCGGGGGGAGGGGUAGGGGGAGGGGCGGUUUCGGUUCCCGAGUGCCGACGAGACACUUGUAUAUUAUCGUUAGAUCCCGAGCGAAAAACGAGAAUAAUAUGUACGUCGGUUUUACUAAAUUGCUAUUACUCGUACGAUGCGUUUUGUUUUUUUUAUUUUCGUAAACGCCCGUAAACGAUUUUUCCGUACCGGCAGAUAAUAAUCUCGCUCCGAUCGAAAAACCUAUACUUACUUGAGAAGGUCGUUUUUUAAAUUUCCCCCUAGUUUCCAUAUAAUCAGCGGGGAAAAACUGGCAUAUUUGUUUGAAUAUUUUUCUUCGAUUUCCGGGAUACCAUUUAACAUACACAAGGACAUACAAAGAUGUACAAUACUCUGCUCAGAAUCGAUUUUCGUUAGCAACGGUCUAUGUAUCGUUGAGUACAGAUGUAAAUUUGAUUACUAUAAAUAUUCUCGCUUACGCUUACGUUUAUAUUUCCCUGCUAAAACAGUGUCCAAACAUCAGCGGUAUCAGACUUUUCCGGUCAGGUUUUCACUGCAUCGCACGUUAAGGUACGCGGAUUUUUCGCAAGGGAUAGGUACUUUAUUCAAUAUAGAGCCUAAAGCUGCGCCAAAAAGUGCAAAAAGUGGUCCACGCGAAGUUUUAACUAAAUCAGUAACUGUAAAAAAGCUUUAAAAAUAACAAAAUUCAUUCGAUUAGUAUUCUAGAUUAUCGUCUUAAAAGUCCGUUGAAAAGUAAAUAAUUUUAAUCUUGUAUCAUCCGAUUCUAUGUUUCAGUAAUAACUUAAAAAAAUAUGUAAUACUAACAAAAAUCCAAGAACUAAAGAACUUAAUUAAAACACACAAAACAAUCCAUAACGACCAUAACUCGGUAAAAGUAUAUAUUAUAUACUUCAUUUUGAAUUUUCAGUUUGUUGUUUUAUUUACACUUGAAACAACUUUAACGACUAUUUGGCCGUAUAAUAUUGCACUUGUUAUACUAAAAUCGAGUGCCGCCCAAUGUAUGCUGUUGGUUGACCUGUUAACCGUUUAACCAUGAACCACCAUAUUGUAUCCUACAUUGAACUAUUUGGAUAAAACAUUAUAUACCGGUGUAUAUAAUGAUUUUAUCAGCGAAUACAAAAAGAGGGUCAAUAAUAGUGAUGACCACACUCUUAGUACAUUGUACGUCGUAUAGACUAUAGUCACCUGUAGUUUUCAUAAUAAUAGCCUCGCCUGUUUUGAACUGUAAUAACUAAUAAUAUUAUUAUAUUAUAUUAUACAAGUGUAAAACACAGCCUCACUACUGGUAUCAGUUCGAGGCCUCUUUCGGUGAUAUUCCAUCUAAGUAUAAUAUAUAUUGGACAAUUUUUAUUAUCGGACACGUGUUCGUGAUGCGGAGUUGUAACGGACAUGAUAGUAAUAUAAAAUCGCAAUCGUGUCUUACCGUCGUGCUAACAAACGGGGUUAGGUUACCGUCCGCGACCCAAUUUUAUCUUAAGUACACUCGUGUGACGAAAACCGCGGUUUAUACCGUUAUUAUAACCUGGCUCGCCAUAAUAUUAUUAUCAUUUCGCGUGUACAGAUAUAAUUCCGAUUUUUCGAUGUACUUACUAUCUAUAAUAUUAUAAUAACAAGCAGAUCCAUGAUUUCGAAGCCCCAGGCAUUUUGUGAGAGUGUCGCUGGAACGCUACAAAAACAAUAGUAUUUCAGGGAAAUUCUAGGUCAGUGCGGCCCACGGAACCUUUUUUCCGGUCCGCGAAACAAAUUUAUUUUACUACAAUAUGUGUGGGAUACACUCACUUAUCCCCGGGUGGUAAAAAAAAUUAAAACAACCGAAUAACCAAGAUCCGGGUACACCGAUUUCGAAACAUAAAAAUGUCUGCCAUGAUACUGUUCCAAGAAAGUUAAUGUCCUAAGUGUAAACUUAAAACCAGUUAAAUAUUAGCAGCCUACCUAUUUACUAAUUAUUUAUUUAAAAUAUUGGGAAAUAUUGAUGGGUGGGUGUAUUAUAUAACUAUAUAGGCUUUUAUAUAUGUAACACCUGGGUUAUUAGCAUUAUAUAGGUUAUUAUUUUAGGUUCGUUGUAAAACCGCGUCGGGUGUAAAUAAAUGUAGCGAAAAAAAGUCACGUCGGAUAGGUCACAUUUGAAGUAGACAAGUGGAUAAUCUUGUUUAUAAUGAUCCAUGAUAAGUUCGUCAAUUCAUCAGCAUUAAAUUCAUACUGAUACUGAAUUCAAAUUGUAUUAGUUAGUACUUUUAUUUUAAAUGUUAUAUUUCUCAUUAUCCAGAGAGAAGUUAUGUAUGCGUACCCAAUGUGUAUGUAUUUGAGUGAUUUUUUUUAACUGUCGUGUGUUUUGACCAGAAAACUUGUUCCUGUAGCAAUCGUCAUCGACGUCACAGAAAUCUUUUCAGGUAGCAAAUUUAGUCUACAGCCUAUAUAAUUUUGUCUAUAAUUGGCACACUGGGGAACGCGAUACUUUUAUAAUAAUUUCCAAAAACCUAUUUUGAACUUUUACAGUGUGCUACUUAUUUAUGGAUAGACGUUUGAAAUAUUCCGAGGUUUUUUUUUAUUGUUAAAUCUUCGUUUGGAGAACGGAAUCGAGCAAAUCUUUCUAUAUGUAUACAUAGAUAAAGUAAGACUAGUUUCGGAGGGGGUAGGGGUAAUAAUCAGUCCAACACGGCUGCCGCUCGUCGUUAAAUAAGUUUCCGGUCCGCAAAUGGUCAGCUGUAUAACGACAACACAAAUACUACUCUGUAAUAUAAUAAUACUGACUAUUACGAUAUGUAUUUAAAAAAAAUGCAUACAUAUUUUGCAUAAUAGAAAUAUUCAUUGCAAAACAAUACAUAACCAAAUUGUAUAGUCUACAAUCCGCCCACAAAACUACUCGCUAAUUCCCGCUAGUGAUAUAUAAAUGAAGAAGCGGAAAAAAGGAAUAUUUGUAUUGCUUUUGCGUGUACAACGAAUAUCCACACGAUUGUACAGUAAGUCGGAAGUUCAAAAAGAUCUAAUUAUCAGAGUACAAAUUAAACGUUUAUGAGCGAAUAAUAGUAAUACGCGGUAACUUGUAAGUUAUUAAUUCGACAGAAUAUAAUCAUUAAACCAACAGUAUUUUUUUUCUUUUUUUGUAACUCGACUCGGUUACCGAUUUAAUUCGUUUGAAUUUUAAAAUCUACUUUAAUACUUAUAAACAGCUAUUAUUAUAGUUAUUUUUAGGAUAUUAUCAAGUCGAAUAAAUCGGUUGCCCGGCUUAAUGCGUAAAUGCUUAAUGGUCGCGGCCGCGCCUGCCGCCUACGGCCACAGCGGAAACCUCGUCGUCGCGAUGACAUUGCGACGUUUGUUGUGUAGCCGCCGCCGCUGCAGCCGCGGGCCGGACAAAUUACCAGCGCACGCGCGCGCUCGCGAGACCGGCCGGGUCUCUCGCGGCCGGUCAUUGGUAACGGGAAUCCGGGACGACGGCGGAUUCCGAACCGACAACGGCAACGAGAGAGACGGAAAUAAAUACCGGAUCGGUUAUAAAAAAAAAACAAAAACCGUGCCCGUCGCGUAUCGGUGCAAUACGAUCGCGCGUCGUUAUAUUUCCUUUCUUGAUAAAUUUAAUUCGAAAAUCUAACGUUGUACGGUUUUGCACGGGCACAGUAUUGAGCGUGCAGAGCCGUCCUUAGGGAGGAGAGAGGGGGCCCAGGGCCUCGAGGUUUGUUACCCGGAUUUGGGGUCUCGCGUUCGAAAACAAAAACGAAUUGUUAUUAUAAGAUAUAAUAUGGAAAUAUUUAAAAUAUACCCUGGGCUUCGCAAAUUUUUAGGACGGACGGCCCCAUACCUCUUGCACCCUUAAUGGGUGUCGGGUAGUAGCUGAUUGGUGGAAAAGUCGUAUCGUUAUUAAAACGUUCAAAUUUCUUUUUAGAAACAAUCUAAAACAACGAAACUUGUACUGCCGUCAUAUGAUUUUCCCGACUAUUAUGUACCUAAACCCCGAGAAUAAUAUCAAAAAUAUAACGUUCUGAAUGCACCAAUUUUAAACUAUUUUAAACCAUGUUAUUAUUUUUUCCACGAUUACAAAUUUAAAUUUCUUGCGUUCCUCAGAAUCGAUUUAUGUCGACGGCACUUUUGAACACUGUGCAAAGCAAUUUGUAUCACAGUUUUUAAAAAAAUGUAUUGUAAAAAAAUCGUGUGUAAUUACAACUAUCAUGUGUGUGAGAAAAGAUCAAUAAUUAUUUGACCAGUUUUUACACCAUGCAUUUUGGCCCGAUCUCGGGGUGUAAUGAAACGUACGAGGAUAUUGUUUACGGGGCGGCAGGUAUAGACAGAAUGUGGCCCGGUCCCCGACCGCCGCCCGUUUUGUUUCGUUCUCCGUGUGAAAAUCGCCCCGCGGGCGCCCUUGUCCGGGCGCAUAACAAUAACAAUAAUAAUGUAUCGCCGACAUCGAAACACGCGCAGUAUCGCGGUAACCGCGGCCGGUGCGGUGUCGCCGAGGCGCGCCCGGCGACAGCGGUCGCGAUUCAAGUACGCCGCGCGACGCCGAGCCGGCAUGCGACAACGGCAAUGAUACGCGUGUGCGCGUCAUCGGCGAGAUGAUAAUAAGUGCGCGGCGGCGGCGGACGACAAUUUGUUUGCCGUGUAAUUAGCGGCACGUCACGGGCGGCUGAGGUCAGUGUUGUUUUCCUUUCAUGUCCGGCCGCCGCCGCCGCCGCCGUAAAUAUUAUACACGGUACCGAUAAGUACAAUGUCUGCCGCCGCCUGUAUUAUAAUAAUAAUAAUAAUAUACUCGCGCUACACAGGUAUAACAAUAAUAACAAUAUUAUUGUUAAGAGCGCGCCGCCGCCGUCGCGCGGGCGCAAAAUUAUUACGCGUUAUUAUUAUUAUUAUUGUUGUUAUUACCGGUAUGUAUUGCGCGGUGCGGUAUACGCCAUCCCCGGUACGUUAUGGUAUACGGUAUAAUAACCGCGCGCCGGCUGACCGCGGUCGUCGCCGGCGCCUGGCGCGGCCGUACGCGGACGGGUAUAAUGAUAAUAAUAAAAUACGUACCGCGCGCGCCACAUACAAUGACCGCGGUAUAAAACGAUAAACCGCGGUACUUAUUAUAGGAGUAAAAAAAAAAAAGUCGAAUUUUUCCGAUACGUUUAUUUGUUUGGUUUUUUUUUUUUUCUUCUUCGUUAUUCCUCGCAUUCCUCACGAAUCGUUUACCCCGCUCGUGCGCGCGUUGUCAAUCCGCCGCGUUGUCUGCCGUGCAGUCGAUAUUAUAUCGUUACGACGCCGAAAGAGUUUCAACAACAACAACCAGUGGCGGCUCGAAAGAGAUAUAUUCAAAUCACGUGAUUCGCAAAAUUCGCGUGGGCGAAACGUGGGAGUUCAGAAAUAUAACAAAAAUUAUUAUGCUCAUACAAAACAAAAUAAGUCAUUAAAAGAAUUUUAGACUGCGGAAAUUCGAUAAAUUUAACAAAUUCCAAUGCAUAUUUUGUAGUAGGAUGGGGGUAUUUUCGGGUUGGGAUGGGUGGGUGGGUAAGUUGAAAAUUUAUAUUCGAGGUAAAAAUACUUCGAGACGCCACUGAUAACAACAAAUAACCUCAAAUGCUCGACGUGAUCGUAAUAUGGUACUCUUCGUUAUAGUCAUUCGGGGGCUACAAUUAUUAUCAGUAUUAUUAUUGUACCUACCCUAGUUAUUAUAUACUGCAUUUAUAUUUGUAUAUAUAUACAAAUCACAUUAUUGAAUUAUUUUUGCGGCAAACAAGUAUAUUUAUAAUAGACCAUUUUUGUUUUUUUUUCGAUUUUGUAAUUUCAUCAUAUAGAAUGGCAAUUGUAUACAAUUUCCAGGGUUUACUUAUCUAUAUUGUAUAUAUUGUAUACGUUGCUUUUUUUUUCAGAUAUUACUCUUUGUAUCGGGCGUUUUCCUAACCUGCAGCAGCAAAAAGAUUGUCGCCGAAAAUGAGAUCGCGAUGACGUCAUAUCGAUUGACCUCCGAGCAGGUAAAUUAAUCAAUCGUAUUAUAACAAUACUACGACACACUAUUGUAUAUUAUUAUUGUUUCUAUAUAAUAGUACAGUAUAUCUAUAUAAUAAUACGGAUCCAAGGGGAGGCUCAGCCUUUUCAGCCAUAUUUUAAGUUGUAUACAAUGUUCCUAUUAAGUAUUUAAGUAUCAACUAUUUAUUCUUUGAUUUAUGAUAACAACAAAUGUAUAAUAAAUAAACAGUGGUUAAAAAAAUAUGUGUUGGGUUAGCAAUCCCACUUCUUCCAUUUGCGAUUUCCAAAUCAGCGAACAGCGUAUCGGCAACUAUACGUCUGUACAGUAGGUGUAUAAAUAUAAAUUACUAUAAGUCAUAUUAAAGAUUUAGAACCUCAAUGAUUAAAAAUCGAUAUACUCUUAAUUUACACUCCAUGUAUACGUUUCGAAGCUUCAACCAGAUCUCUCCACCGGUUUCUAUCCUUCGCAUCCUCCAUUACUGCAGCCUCAUCAUUCCUCACUAAAUCCUUAUUUACACAGUCCACAAUAAUCUUUUGUUGAAUAUAAUAUACAUGGAAAAAAUCUAUAUACCCUCAUUAACGCCUUCAUAUCAAAUUAUUAUUCAACGGUAACUAUUAUUUACUGUCCUAUUUCAAACACACAAAUAGUAAACGCAAAUAUUUCGAAAAACGAUAUCCUGGAAUGUUCCUAUAGUUUAAAUAAUAUAAAUUCUGCGUCUUUUUUAUGUAGAAGGUGAAGAGUCGUAAAAAAACCCCCCGUUUGAUAUGAUGGAAUAAUAGAUUUUAUAAUGUCUUGUCAACCUCGGGAAAUUCAUCCAAAACUAAAUAAGGAGCUGAGUUCGGCUGAUGUUUGCAGGCCGGGAAAUGUUACAGACACUCAAAACCAAAAUUGUCUUUAUAUAAUUUGUGCACAUUUUUAAUCACAUUCCCGAAAUUUUUACACCUAGGGACUUAGAAAAGUAUAGUAAAAUUUUAUUUUUAUUUCACUUGCCAGAAUGAUGACGUUGUGCCAACAUACGCUUUUUUAAAAAUCUUUGAUAGAUGAAACUCGAAAUUAGUGUUCAUCAAAAUCAUAAUAAUAUUAAAAAUGUAAUCGUAACGUAUACGUGUAUUUAAAUAUUCCCAACAAAUAAUACUUCUUGUAGGACGGCAGUAUACGAAAAUUCUACGAGCAAAUACUAUAAAAAAUAUAAAAAAAAAACAACGAUGUACUUUUAUAGUUCUAAAUGAUUUAAUUGUUUCCCCCCCCCCAUAAAAAUUAAACCAUUAUAGACACUUAAUUUAAUGUUUAAAAAUGCAAACAAAUAAAUACAUAGAUUUUCUAAAUUGCUGCACCACGCGAAACAAAUGUAUAUCUAUACAUAGAUUGCACUGAUCCAUAAUUCACAAAACUUGCAAAAAAAGAAAAUAAUGCAAAAAUCAUCAAUAUUCUUUAACUGUAAUUGUUAUAAACCGAUAAUAUAAACUGUUCAGGCUCGUUAACUCUAAAAGUAAUUCCUAUAAAGUAAUUUACGGGUUAAUAAGGUACAAGUUGUGAUGCGCUACAUUCAUUUUUCAAUGACUUUUAUUGCAUUUUUGUUAUUAUUUAUAUUAUAUAAAAUAAAUUAUUAUAUUAAUAAUUUAAAUUAUAUAACACACCUGUAUAGGUAUACUGAAUUAUGAAAUUAAAUAUUUUAAAAAAUAAAUAAAUCGCCGGACAUACUUCACGCUGCUGUAGAUAAGAAGUUUGAAAGUUAUGGGAUAGCUGUUUAAAUUAAUUUAUGUAAUAUGUAUACUCUACUGAUAAGUCAUCGAUAUCAAAAAACGAUUCUGAGCGGAGUAAUAUUAAUUGUAUUUGUAUUCCCUUAUUGUAACUAGGUAAGCCGAAAAUAAAAUGGAUAUAACAACAUUUGGGUAAUUUAAACAAUAUUGUUUUCAAAUAAAGUACGAAUGAGCGAAAAAUACGAGUAUUUUGAGGUAUGAUGCGAAUAAUUUGGAGUAUUUUUAUUUUGUAUGAACUAAAAAAGUGUUUCCAGGGGAAAAAACCAACAAAAAAAUAUCCUUGAGAGUAAGCUUUCAAUUUCAAAAAGUGUUUCAAGUAAAAUACCACCGGACGGAAAUUUCGCAUCUUCUAAGAUACUGUGUGAGAAAAUUUAAUAAUUUCAUUUACUUAGUCUUUUCCAAAAACAACACAAAGUGAAAUUUCUUGAAGAUUUUGAAAAAUUAUUCAAAAUUGUACCAUCAGUCGAAAAAUCCGCAUACUUUAAGGGAACGAAAUGAAAAAAUUUAGCAUUUAUUAAGAAAUUUCAGGGAGAAAAACACAUCUUAGUAAUAAUGUAUAAAAGCUUCUUCGAAACGCACAGAUUCAAAAAAUGAGUUUUAAAUUACGAACAAUAAUUGCAAUUUUAUUUUGUAUGAUUUCGAAUUAUUAAUACGCGUACGGUUUUCAAUUGAAAUUUAUCAAAACACGUUUAACCGAACUAAUUCGCACACAAUCGUUUUUCAUCUUACCCGCAAACCCAUAUACUUCUUCUUCUUCUUAUUGGUACCUUCUUAUUUAAAACCAUCCUGUCUCACAAACAAAUUUCCAUCCUUCACUGUCACACGACAGAUCUCCUUAAUUGAAAAAACCUCCCAUCUGAUUCACAUCCUUCUUUUGACAUCAUACCAAAAUGAGUGUAUAGUACUCACCCAACAUUGCAUUAUCGCAAAUCAAGUUAUAUAAAUAAAGCCCCUAGUAACUAUAUAUUAAAGUAUACUAUCAUUGUACAAUGAAUCACUAAACACAGAAAGGACAUAAUAUGUUCAAAUUUUAAAAUAUUAUUCAAGCAGAAAAAAUGUCAUGUUAAUAACUAAUGUAACGAUAAAUCGUCUAUGAGGUUCAACAGUCGUUAAAUAUUGCAAAGCUUAAACAAUUUUUUGUCUUGAACAUUUUGUAAUAUUUGAACACGAGCCUUUUCUGUAUUUAGCGGUUCAGUUAUACCGAUGAAUAAACGACGGGAUGAUUUAAUUAUAAUUUCUGUCUGCAUAGGACACCAGUAAUUAUGUUGAAGCUGUAGGACAGACCUUGUUGAAAAAGUAUAUGCUCCCGUCAGACGUCACGUGCAACGAUGGAUCUCCAGCAGGGUAAGUACCUAUCAAUAAUAUCAAUAUAUAUACUACCUAUGUAUUAAAGUGGUCCUUAUAUUGAGUUUUAUUUUUUUUUUUUUUAAUUCCACGUCGGAUAGACAUUAAAAAAAAAAAAACCAAAAAUAAAUUUCCAUAAUUUUUGAAAUUUUUUUAUUUCAUUUCUUAAGUCUCUCUGUGUGAACAUUUGAUGAGCAGAAAGGACGGUUCGUUUUUUUUUCUAAAUACCAUGAAAUGUUGACGAUAAAUGAAGAACAGAAGUUGUUUGCACCGUAGAUCGCCAAUGAAUGUAGUAAAAUUAAUUCCGGACGCAAAAAAAAAAGAAACAUCAUGAAACAAUUCAAAAAAUUUAAAGGAAGAUUUAUUUUUUAUCGUAAAAUAUUGCUUAGAUGAAAACUUUAUGGUUGUAUAGUCAAAUUUAACGUGAAAACAUGUAUUGAAUCUAAAAAUAUGAAAAAUUUGUUUUUAAUAUUUCAAUCCGAAUAACGUAUGUACAACGAAAUGUUCCAUUCAAGGACCACCCUAAUAUAUACAGAUCAAUUCAAAAUGUAUGUUACAGUCAUUUAAUUAUAUAAAUAUUCAAAAUAGAGAAAAUGUUUAAUACAAAAAUGAUUCAUAUUUACAAACAUCUAAAAUUAUUUGUAUUUUUUUUUUUUUUUUUAUUAACUUUGGAGGAUUAAACUUUUGUAAUUCAAAUGGAAACUUGGUCGGGGGAGAAUAGUGGAACACUAUGAGCUUGUAUGGUGGCACGUCAAGGCAUGCGACGCAGCGUUUGAAGCCACUACGCCACCCCGACCAAAACUAAAAUAUCGAAUAUCUCGUCAACGAGUUCACGAAAAUCAAAAAUGUCAACACCAAAAUUUAUUUUAACUAAUACUCCAUCUAUACAGGUUUCAUUUUUUUUUUUCAAAAAUCAACCCCCAAACCCCCCUAAAAACAAAUAAAAAAAAAUAUAAACAAAUUAUUUUAUAUGGUUAUAAAUCGAAAAACUGUAGUAUCAUACAUCUUUCUCUAUUUUGAAUAUUUACACGAUAAACGACUGUAACAUAAAUUUUGAAUCAUUCUGUAUGAUGUAUAUCGUAUAUAAAUAUUUAAUAGAUACAAUUUUAUAUCUAAUAUAUAUCUACAUUUUUAUAUUUUACAUUUUCGCAGGUAUUUCGCGCGUCAUUCGAACAACAGCAAAACGUGGAUUGUGUUUCUCGAAGGUAUACCGACUAUGAAUAACGAAUUAGUAAUAUUGAUAAAAAAAACAUCAUAAUCGCCUGCAGUGACGCACGACAAUGAUAUGAAGAGUAUUAAUUUCAACAUUAAGAAACAAUCUUCUUGGGAGUGUAGAAUAGGUUACAUAAGUUAAGGGCAGUGACGUAGCUAGAGAUUUAAACGUCCUAGGACAAGUUCAAAUAUUGCGUCUAAGCUAGUUCGUUGACUUUUUCAUAGGAUAAUUUCAUAUUUUUAUAUUCUUUCCACAAUGAAAAUCAUAGAGUUUAAAACGUUUAUAUCAAAUCCCGUAUGUUUAAAAUUCAAAAUGCACACGUUAUUAUAAUAUUUUCCCUUACAAAUCCAAUAUCUAUUGUAAAUGAUAAAAAUUACAAUUACAAUUUUGAAAGUCUUGAAGCAGUUCACCCUUAUUUAUUGCUACGCCACUGGUUAUAGGCAAUGGAUACCUUCCGAGAAAAAAAACCCUGAAAAUAAGCCGAUCUCGAAACAAGAGAAAAAUUAUACCUAAUCGUUUUUAUUGCAUUUGUUCUUCUUUUAAUACAAAAAUUCAUCAUCUAAUUGCGCCACUGUAUAUGAAUAUAUAAUUUGUCAAUAUGAAUAAUAUGAUUUGAUUUUUUUUUUUUUUAUUGACACAGAGGGCUGGUGUUGUUUCGAUAAACACAGUUGCGACGAACGGUGGUCCCGUGCCGAAUAUCUCAUGUCGUCGAAACAAUGGCCAGAAACUCGAUUAUGUAAGUAACCAUUGCCAUAAUAAUAUUAUUACAAUUUACAACUUAACUCGGCGAACGUUUGAUUUCUCGUCCUAAAAAUAUGUUGGUAAUUAAAAAUGAUUUUUAAAAAUAUCCUUAUCUAUAUGUUAUAGCCAGCGGAAUAUUGUCAAACGACCCGUAUGAAAAUCCUUACUGGUGGGAGGCAAAUCACGUGUGAGUAUUUACAAUUUUUUUUUAUACGGCUUGUAUAUUUGAAAUAUCGCGUGUUUAAUUUUACCGUACAAUAAAAUAAUACUAUUGUUAUAAUUAGUAAAAACUAGGCGAAUUUAUUAUAAAAAAUAAAUUUCAUUACAACGUUAGGCGUGUGGGCUAUCUCCGUUUUAAAAACACACGGUAAGUCAAAUUUUUGUUCGACCCGACUAAUUUAAUGCUGUUAGUUUUAAUAUUAGAAUGGAUUGACCAAUUAUCAAACAUAAAAGUAUAAGAACACUACGUAGGUAUUUUCUUUGACAUUUUAAUUUUUAAGCUAAAUAUAUGCAUUUUUAAAUAUUGUGAUAUUUCAUACGCUCAUAAUAUAUAGAUACCUACGUACCUAUAAUUUAUUUGAAAAUUUAAAAAAAUAGGCGUAGUUGCACAAUGCAAAAAUUGUUCUUAUUUUAGAUUCUGAAUGGAGCGAAGAAUGUAUUGGUUUUACAAAUAUGUUUAUAUUUUUUAUUUUUUUUAUGUGAACAUUUUUCUGCCAAAAAGCUUACUCCGAUGUAUAUGAUGUAGACUUUUAUUGAAAGGAAAUUUUCUUGGAUUGGUACUUUAAGGAGAUCAUUUUUUAAUUUUCCCAAAAGUUUUCCCAAUAAAAGAGAAAAAGUGAGAAAAAACAGGAAAAUGUACAAAAUAUAUUAGUAAAAUACUAUGAUUUUUUUUUGCGUGGACUACUUUUCUACCAGCAAUUUUUCUCCAAUUUACAAUGAUAGCACAUUUUCUGAAUAGAAAUCUGAUUAGGGAAGUCAUUUUUUGAUUUUCCCAAGAGUAUUCCCAGCAAAUAUGAAAAAACGUAGAAAAAAACGGGAAAAUCGGAACAAUAUUAAACAAAUAUUAUUAAAGAAAAUAUAUAUUGCUUAUUUAAUUAUUUAAUCAUAAUACGACGUAUAUAUUGUUGACAAAGCAUCACUAUCAACUAAACUCCACUCAGAAUCGCUUUUAGUAAGCAAUGGUUUAUCGUUGCUUACAGAUACAAAUUAAUUUCCCCUCUAUAUCCUACCUUCCCAACUUCUCACCAACAAUAGUAGACAAUAGACUGCACCCGUCCCCAUUAUCCUAGGACAGCUCUUCUAAGUUUGACAAUAAGUCACAAUUCACUUUAAUAUUAAAAGUGACAGCGCAAAGUUGUCCCUAAUGAACAAAAAUUUGUUUUGUCGUGCUACAUUCGGGUGUGACGUCCUGGUAAUUACUAAUAAUUUCAAAAAAAAAAAAAUUGAUUCAGGUUUUUUCUGUCAUUAUAAAAAAUCUUAUUGGCAACAUUUUAAAAAAUGUUACCCUUUAUUGUAUUCUGUAUAAACAAGUAAUAAUCUACUCAUUUGAUUUUCAGUAAUAUCGAAUGAAUAAAAUAUAUGUAUAAGACGUUAUAAUAUUGACGACAAAUUCGUUUUGGAUUCUGAGCUAAGCAUUUUUUUUGUUUAAGUCUUUAAACAACUUUCAUUCGAUUUUAAACGUAGUUUUCCUUAAAAAUGAGAAAAACUGACAGUAAUAUUCGUAUAAUUUUUAGUUUAUUUCCAGAUAAAUAGGGCCUGAACAAGAGAACAAGGAAAAAAAUACGAUUAAUAAUAUUCUACUCAGAAUCGUUUUUCGUAAACAAUGGUUUAUCGUUGCACACAUUUUAAAUCAAAUUACUCUAUGCGUAGGUAUGUCCUCGCUUCAAACUUCCCUCCUGAAACAGUCGCACAUCCGUCAGCAGCAUAAGACUUUUUUUUCUUUUUUUUAACCAUACUAUUUUUAACCGAGAUUAUUAUAUAAAUAAAUUACUAUAUUUUAAUAAUCUAUAUACGCAUGUACAACGUAUUAUUAUUAAUCGUUACGUCGUUCAUUUUACACGUGUUAUCGAUACAUCAUAAAAAAAAAAAAAAAAAAAAAAAAAAAAAAACUAUGUUUAUGUAUUGUGGUAUAUAUUAUAUUCGUUUUAAAGAUCAAUGAAAUAAAAAUAGACCGACAACAAAAUCAACGACUAGCGGCUGUAUAAUAUUAUUAAGAAAACGUUUAUGUUGGCUUGUUUUUUUUUUUUUUUGUUAUUAUUUAUUUUGUUUGUGCUGUUAAGUUUUAUUUGAAUACGCGGCGGCGCGGUGUUCGUAAAUCACGAAAAAAAAAAACACUAAUAAUAUCGUCGUCACGUUUCGAUCCGAACGUAAUAAUAUUUUAUUCGUAAUUAUUAUUAUUUUGUUUUUUUUUUUUUUUUUUGUCGUUGUUAUUUAGUAUUGUAUUAUUGGAGUCUUAUUUACUCUUCACGACAUAGAUAAGUUCGUAAUAUUGAUUUCUAUACAAUAACUGUAUACAUAAAUAAAAUAUUGAAAUUUGUUGUAUUUCUAUGCACACAAACACGUGAGCGCAACGCUGAUGGCGAAAUAACUAAUAUCAUAAAUUUAUAUAAAUAUUUAUAGGCAGUAGCGUAAUCAGGACUUAUCAAUUAGGAUGGGAGAAUUCUAGGGGCUACAACCUUAUUAACCGUAUCUAUAAAUAAAAAAAAAAACAAUGCAGGGUUACAACACCUAAAACAUCACCUUGGCUACGCCGUGAUUUGCGGGACCCUAAAAUCAAAUAUAAAUAUAAAUGGGGGCACUUUCCGAAAAUACCGUAAAAGAAAAUCCCAAUCAACCAAAGUAACCUUAAUUCCUUUCCUCGCCCCAGACAAUCAAAAUUAUUUCCUAAAAUUAAAACACAUUUUACAAAAGCACAACACAAUAUAAACCUAUCUACUAAUAAGUUUUCGAUAGACGAUACUUUAAUAAUAAUCGAAAAAUAUUGUAAAAUAUGUACAAAGUACUGGAAAUAUAAUAAGCCGGUGGUGAACCGAAUAUGAUUUUUUUCAUCAGAUAUCCAUAGGUGUCCGCAGACUUUUUUCCGGGGGGGGGAGGCAAACAUAAUUCAAAGAAUAUAUGAAGAUUUUGUUUUAUGAAAUAAAUUCUUAACUUUAAUAUAUCAUAAUUACUAUAGGUAUUUUUACUUAAAUUUAUUAUUUUUCGUUAAAUACAAAUUGUAAUCUACGUGAACAUUCUCUAAUAAAUUUUGUUAGUGCUUUUUCAAUUAAUUAGUCUUUCUCUAAAUUUACUUGUUUGCAAUGAAUAUUUAACAUGCAUAGCCCGCUCAGUCUAUGUUCACCAAUUAUUAAUCAAAACCAUGUUUUAACACGCCUUAAAGUACUAAAAGAACGUUCUUCUGUACAACUUGUUGCUGGUAGGGGCAUAAAUAUUUCCAAAGCAAUUGCUAUUCUUGGAAAAAAUGUACAGUUGCUGUUUAACAAAUCAAUAAACUUAAUGUCUUAGCAGUCCCGAUUUUGCCAAAACUUGUAAUAACUUUCUGUUUCAACUUGUAGAUAGUAAAUUUUAAAGAAAUUAUAAACUUUUUCAACGCUCUCGAAAAAUAUUUUUUUUUCGAAUUGUUUAAAAUUUUCAGGGUGAAGAUAUUGUAAUAAAAAAGCAUUAUUAUUUUCUUUUUCAAAACGUUCUUUUAUGGAUUGUGUAAUUAAAUAAGAUAUAGUAAGAUAUGGUAUAAAAACUGAUACUCGGUAAUAAUCUUCACAACUUUCAGUUUCAUAAUUUGCUCUUAGUGACUGUUUUUGCCGUUCUUGGACAUGUAAUUCAAAUAUCUAUAGCAUUGGCGAUUAAUUCAGCUUCGUUAAAUAACGUUUGAAAAAUUUCAUUAGCGUCCUUUCGAUGAUUAUCGAAUAUUUUUAGUAAUGAAUCUAUAGUAUAUGUUUGCUGACUUGAUAGAGAUCUACCGAUACACCUUGUAAUAUAUUUGUCACAGGUUCUAAAAUGGCACUGUAUCUCGCCAUAAUAAUUAUAGAAAUCAAGAAAGAUGAACUUGAGACUGCAGAAUAUAAGUAUUUAAAACCCAGGCUGGGUAUUCCCCUUCUUGUCCCCUCCUCAAAGACGCCCAUGACGAUAUCCAAUAACUGUUACCAAUACAUAAAACCUACACCCGAUCCGUUAUUUGAAACCGAUAAUUAUUAUGAGUUAAAUUAACCGAUAAAUAGAUUGAAAACCAGGUUGGUGCUUUGUUUUUCACACUGAAAUGUUAUAGACAUUUUUGUCCCGAAAACAACAGGUCAAAGAUCGAUGUAAAAAAACAAACACAAUACACGACAUCAACUUAUGCCGAUAUGAAUAUUUGUAAAUUAGUAUUUACAUAUAGUAUUUUAAUAUAGUAUUUGGAUGCUGUCGGUGCCCCAAAGUUCCAACUUGCACACUGCCUAUAAUAGUGCUGUGCCACUACGCAACAUGCGAAUGAGUUGAUAUUAUGUUUAGUUAUUAUGUGUGUUGAUUAUUAUUUUAAUUCGUUGACAAAUUACACAAAUCUUACCCGUAUAAUUUAUUUGAAGAGUAGGUACAUCUCUAUAAAUACUUUCGAGUAAUUUGCCCCAGAUUAAGUAUAAUACAAUUCAGUGGUGUAUUGCAAGUGUACAGGAUAUCAGAAUAUUUACGUCGUAUCCCCUUUCAAAAUUUCAUUAUACGAGAAAGUAAUUUGAACCUCGACUAUAAUAUUAUAAUUUAGUAUUAUUAUUAUAGUUAACUUUGUUGCGUAAUUUAAUUUGUUGUUUUUUUUUUAAAUUUCAGUUACGUACCGUAUUGCACGAGUGAUAUAUGGUCGGGACGGAGAGCCGAACCCCAACACGGUUCGAGAUUCACUUUUAUGGGUUCUAUAGUGAUUAAGCAAGUCAUCAGAGAACUAUUAACGGUCGGUCUGGCCAAUGCCGACGCCCUUAUACUCUGUGGAAGCAGGUACCUAUUAUAUUAUAUUAACCGAAAAAUCAGUUACCGCCCGUACGGUUUUAACGACACGUUUAUGUUUUUUUUUACGAUUAUGAGAAGGAAACGAUUUUAAUUAUUUGAUAUUUAACGUAAUGUACUACGUUUAUCAUUACACGGCAAGUACUUAGGUAUAUAUAUGUAAUAGUUUUAUAAAUAGUAUGAUGAUUUCAAGCAAGCCCAUAGCAGGACAAACAUUUUGGGAGAGGUUUUCGUUUGAACCAUCGGUUACUUUCGUUACAGACAUCUUGAAAAUAAUAAAUAAUACUUUUUUUAGAAAAAAUUCCUUUUUUAGGAGAAGAUAUAUUUUGGAAACCCUAUUUUUUUACUCUAUCGUAAAAUCAGCGAAUGUCGACCAUUGAAACAUGAACUCGAUGCAUGUCUUAAAGUAAAAUAUUCGCAAGUCUCUAACGCAAAUAAAUUAUUUGGUCGUAACUCGUACAGAAGACACAAAGAAUCUAUUUCAAAAACUUUAUUUACCAACCAAUACACAUACCUGCCGUUGGUGACCAGAGAAAAAAUUAACCAGACCAGCCUUAAAUAUCCACACCCUGGAAAGAUCGUGUUAUAAUAAUUUUCGGUGAUAUUCACACAGACACCUAAUUGCGAAAAAUUUGGUCGUGCAUUUUUCUGGGAGAGGGGGGGUUUAAAUAGUUUUAUUUUUUAUUUUGAAGGUCCAUUAACGUUUAAAAAUUCUAUUAAGAAUAGUUUAUAAACACUUAAAAUAAUAAUAUAUAUAUAGUAUAUAGACGAAUUUACACGGUUUUCGUUUCAGUGCUGGGGGCGUAGGAGUGAUGUUGAAUCUGGACCCUAUUCAAAAGAUGUUGAGACAGUACAGCGGCAUGUCUGUUCACGGUAUCAUGGACUCCGGUUGGUUCAUGGACCAACAAAAAUACGAAUUCGGAGACGCGGGCGGCAAGUAUCCGUCGCCGAUCGAAGCCGUAAAAAAAGGCAUCCCUUACUGGCACAGUCAGAUACCGUCCAGAUGUCGAAACCUUUACAUCAACGAGCCUUCCAAGUGUUUUAUCGGUUACAAAAUUUACCCUACGGUGUCUGGUAAGUGUUUUUUUUUUUUUGGCCUAACACACGUAGGUCCAAGGUCGACGGGUAUCCGCCGUUUAUACGAAUAGUAUUUUAAGUGACUUGAUAGAUAACGCGUAUUUCAUUACCUAACCCUAAAACAAUUCUCAUGAGAUGUUUUUACAUACCUAUAUACUCAACCCCGUGGUACAUGAUUGUAUUAUCUACGUCAAAUACUUAUAUAAGAACGUCAUAAUUCCGUCUAAUAUUUCUGCAGACAGGAGUAGUCACACCCCUCGAUGCGCUUAUUAUAUUUUAACAAACAAAAGAGUAUAAUAUUCUCGAUCAAACAAUUGCAUUUGCAUUUUUCAAAAUCACGAUUACGACUACCUAUAUAUAAUAUUGUACCUACACCUAUUCAAGUGAAAUAAUUAAAAUAAUACGUAAAGCAAGUACGUUCAUUAUUUUUUUCUAACGGGAAAGACGGUGCGCGGUAAUCUAAAAGUCAUUAAAAAUACCAUUGUCCAAUAAUAAUAUACCUGUUAUUAUAAUCACGACAAAAUUUAUGCGCAGUUCCAUUGUUCGUGUUCCAAUGGCUGUACGACGAGUUCCAACUGAAAAACGACGUCGGCACGCCGGUCACCAAACAACAGUGGGACUACAUACACAAAAUGGGAGAAGGAUUGCGCAAGUCGUUGCUGAACGUCACGUAAGUGUCAUGGCUUGGUUGAAUCAAGGGUCACCGUCCGUUAGUGAAGUACAGUGGAAUAGCCAGGGUUCUUUUAUCCCUAAGAGGGGCUAAAUACGUUUUUUGAUUGAAUAGUAGAACUUUUCCCAAAACAAGUUCAGAAAAGUUUUAUCAUCAACAUACAUUUGAAUGGAUUAUUUAAAAAUAAAAAACUAAAUAAUAAAAUGAGAGUAUAUUAAUACUAUACUACAUUAUUAUGUACAGAAUAAACAACCCUCUGACAGAUUUAUCCUUUUUAAAUUUUGAGCAAAGACAGUACCUAAAUAAAUCAUCAUUUCCAUUAAUGUUUUCUUUAUAUUUAUAUUAACCGUAGACGUCAUUACGAGGUAGCGAGAGGUAGCAACUGCUACUCCAACUUUUUUUAUCGGGGUUGCAGAUUAAUCUGAUCACGCUACCCUAAAAGUAAUUUUAAAAAAAAAAAUUAUAUUUUUCUUGCUUUUUUCAUUAUAUAAUUAUAAUUAGUGCAAUCACAAGAACGUAAUACAUGUAUACUAUCAGUUAUAUCGAAUAUUCAUAAUAUAAAGAUCAGUCAACCAAUUAUUUAUACUUCCAAAUUUAUUUGAUAUUUUUCUAUCGAAUUAUAAUGAACAAUAAUUGACUAGGAUCUGAUUGACGAUCCACCGACUAAUGAAGUGAGGGACAUCCAAUCAGACCACAACUGAAUUAAAAAUAUUACACAAACGAUAUGCUUGCUACCCAGUGGCGUCAUUUUCGGGAUGCAAGGGUACAUCACAUGAAUUGCUUUUAACACAGUUAAAACAUGUAGAAUGUAGAUGCAGAUAAUUUCAUAGAAUUUUCAGAAUAAUAAAGUUAUUUUGUAAUAAAAUUUACAAAAAUGUUUUGUCACGAUAAUUUAGCGAUAAUUACAUUGAUAUAGAUAUGAAACUGAAGUUUAAUACCCUUAUAGAUUAGUACCGAUGUGGAUAUUGCCCAUUUUUUUUUCAAAUUUAAUUUGAUCAGUAUCAAAAAACAUAAAAACAGCAUAAAUAAUAUAGAUGCCUGAUAGAAUAUGCAUCGGUAAUAUAAUUAUUAUGGAAUAGUGAAUUUUGUAUUUUAUUAUUGUUAAAAAUAUAUAAUGUUCUAUACAGGUAUGUUCUACACUGUUGAAUGUAAUUUGUGCAACUUACAUAAACAGUAUUUAAUGAGUACCUUUCUUCAUACUCAAUUCGUUUAUGUUUAUUUAAAAUACCUUAUGCUAAGAUAACAUACUGAAAUAGCUAUUGAAUGUAUAAGGUAUUAUCAAUAAUCAAUAUAAUAAUAUAAUAUAAUUGAAAAAUAGAAUUUUUUAUGGAAAUGUAUUCAUUAUAUGUUCUCUGAAUAGUACGCAAUCAAAACGAACGGCGUUGUUAUUGAAUUUUGCAUCCCGUGAAAAAACACCCUUGUUGCUGCUACCCCGUGAUUUCAUUACAAAUGACGUCCAUGGUUAAAUAACUAAGUUUGUUUGAUGAUAUAGUGUUCCUCCUUAAAUACGUUUUUCUUUUUUUUCUUUUUUUUUUUUUCAAAACCGAACACUCAAAUAUCAUAAUAGUUCAGCUCCCCUGGCUACACCUCUGUAUCAAUAAGAGUAUCGAUAUACCUAUAAGUUUUCAUAUUGUGGUCGUGUAUAGGUCGGUGUUCGCUCCGUCAUGCGUGUCGCACACGGUGCUCACGAAAAAGCACUGGAAAAACAUAAAAAUCGACUCGGUAUCGCUGCCGUCGGCGUUGCACUGCUGGCAGACCGAGACGAGAUUCGCCAAGAUCAACAACAAGUCAAAAUCCGGUGGUCCGGCGAACAACAACAGCAACAACAACAACAACCACCGAAACAAGAAAGCGAACGGAAUCGAUAAGCAGACGGCUGAGAACGCGUUAAAGAGGAAACAGAAAAUACGCAACAAAAACGGUCAACAACCCAGAGGUAUACAAUUGUAUUAUUAGAAUUAUUUAUAAUCAUGGGGCAAGCCCAAAAAGAAAAAAACUGCAGUGUCGAUACGACUAGGGCUGAAACCAAACUAAAAUUAAAACUAACUAAACACGCUGGCUAAGAGAAAUGCUUAGCUGCUUAUAGCGAGAAGCUGACGGUAAAAGAUUGGUCGUGGUUUGCGGUGUACAUAAACUGAAUAAUAGAGGAGUUUUCUAGUCGGAGAUAAAGGAAUAUGGAAAAGGACUGACGAGCGAGUAAAGCGGAACGGGACUUUGAAGGAAACUUGGCAUUAGAAAGACAGAUUAUACCCAUUUCUACGGUCGACGAGACAAGGGAUUAAGAAAUUCCCCGCUUAAUAGUGGAAAAUAAUUUUUAACGAGUUUUGUUUUAUAUUUUUGUCUACUGUCCGAAUCGAUAACACCAACCAACCAACCAAUAAUUAUUAACACGGUCAUAUUUUUACUAUGGAUUAUUGUAUAGUGAUCGUCCAACGCGACAGAGUUCACAAAAAACGCAGACGUCAUCAUAAAAAUCGUGAGACUUGCCGACACCAGUACAUCCAGAGCUGCACUUGGCCACAGUGCAACAAUUCGUGCCCGAAACUUCAAAAUCCGAACACUGGUAAGUACCUACAUUCAAUAGCAUACACACAUCAUAAUAAUGUAUAGUCUGAACAUUUUCAAAUAAAAUAAUGGAAAUAUAUUCAGAAGCCUACUUAUGUCUGCAACAAACUCGUACAAAGAAUUUCAGAAAAAUUAUUUAAAUGCAUAACCUACAUUAUUUGUAUUUAUUUAUUCAAUCAAUAUCAAUCAAAAUAUUAAUAAACACAAAGUAUACAAAUUGAAAAUAAAUUUUGAACCCAUAGUAUGGAGUAUAAAGAAUUUUGGUGAAGCUGUCCCAAACAAACAAGCUUUUGAUAGGGAACAACGAGUUAAAAUACAUACACGCAAUAAAUUAUUCACGAUUUAAAAUAAUACUAAAAAUAAUAUGAAAUUCGAAAAAUAAAUUAACUAAUUAUAUUCGUAACGAACAUACGCCACAAUUUCGAAAUUUAUUUACAUAAUAAAGUUUCUAAGUGAAUUUUGAAUUUACCAAAAAUGUGGAAAAUGUUAUCGCAUAGCAUACAAUCGACAUUAUUAAUGUCGAUUUUUCCAGUCCAUAUGUAAAUAACGCCAUUAUAUUAUGAACAAAAUAACAAAAAUACAGAGAUACUUUUCACGAUAAGUAGACCACUGUUGUAGGUGAAAAGCUAGGAAGGUAGUAUACAGGAUCGGUGAUCAAUCUACCGUAAUACACUCGAUAUCUCAGAAAGUGUUAAUUUUUUUACCAGAAUUUAUUAUUUAGAACAUUUGAGAAACAAGUUGCUCUACAAUUUUAAAUUUAUGUUAUUUUUUGUCACCCUUAUUUUUAGGGAUAAAACCACUAGCUACUUUUGAUUAAAAAAUGGCAAUCUACAUUAAAAAUUCCAUAAAUAGAUGGAAUAUUAUUUAAAAUACAGUUUGGUGUUGACAUUUUUGAUUUCCGUCAAUCCGUUGACGAAAUAUUCUCCCUCAACAAAAAUGUAGAGCAGCUUGUUUCUUAAAUGUUCUAAAAAAUAAAUUCCGGAAAAAGUUAAUACUUUCCGAAAUAAUGAGUGUCUUAUGAUAAAUUGAUCACCCCGUAUAGAGGGCGAUUUAAUUUAUAUCUGUAGGAAACAAAAAAUGAUUUUUUUUUUUUUUAAAUGCAUGUACGUAAAUUUUUCAUUUAUCCCAAUUAUGAAAACCACUUGGAAAUCAAAAAUGACCUUCUUAGAGUGCCAUCCAGAUAAAAUUUCCUUUCAUAAAUGACAUUACAUUUUAAAAUCGGAACAAGAUUUCUAGUUAAAAAGUUGUUCAUAGAUAAAUAAAGAAAAAAAGGAAUAAACAUUAUUGUAAAACCAAUACAUUCCUUGCUACACACCGAAUCUAAAACUUGUGAAAUCCAAAAUGUUAACUGAAGUCUAAUAAUAAAUCAACAUUCAUAUAUUAUGGAUCUCGAAAAUAAAGUAAAAACACAAAAUAUAAUAUAAAAACAUAAAAAUAAACUUUUAAAAGUUAACGCAAAAACAAUACGUAAAAAACUCUUAAUAUGUAAAACACUCUCUCAAAAGCUUUGUGGUCGCAACUUGAUUACUUGAAAAUAACUCAAGAUUGGAUAGUAUUGAGUAUAAUAUUUCGCGUCUAUACAUGGAUGUUACAGGAGAAGAAGUGGACUUUCUCGAGCUCCUACAGUCAUUCGGAUUGAACAUACGGAACCUGUCAACUGAACUCGGAAUUGAUGUGGAAUCACUAAUACAUAUGGACCAGGAAGAAUUACUCAACUUACUCACUCAGCAGGCGAAUUAAUUGACUUUUUAACUAUGUAUAACAUUUAUCCUCGCGAUCAUUACGAAGUCGACAAAACACAGUGGGCAAAUAUAUAAUAGGAGUAAACAAGUCGACCCAAAUUUUCGAAAUGUGUCACCUGUGAUAAAUUUUUACCAAAAAAUAAUGUUUGUAAAUACAUACUAGUUUUUUUUUUUUUAGAGUACGGAAUUCAGUCAAUUUUUUUUUAAUGUAUAUAAGCGUUUUGUUCAUUUCGUUAUAGGUAACCAAACUCUUAGACUACCAUGUUGUAACAAUAACAUAUUGCUUUUGAAAGUACUUUGUUAUUUUUGAGUACAAUUUAUUCCUUUAUGGGACCAAUAAGAUUUUUUUUUUUUAAAUUCAUUUACUGUAUACCAAACUACCUGUUCCUUAAUUUUUAAAAUUAGUUAACACCUAAUAUUUAUAUACUUAAAAAUAAGUCAAUAUAAUAAUAUGUAAUUAUACAUUUCAUAAAUGCGGUUUUUAAAAUUUAAAAUAAAUAUAAUCAUUAAAUUAUAGAUUCAUCAGUACUGAGCAGAAUUGGAUAAAUCGCAUUUAUGAAACACCAGACCUAAAAUAGUAUAGUAUUAAAGAGUUACUACUUUAGAUUCUUAAGGAAUUAGAAUUCAUACAUUUCAACUUUGAUCAUAAAAAAAAGGAGGAAAGUUCCAAACAAACAAAGUACAGCAAAACCUGUCUAAGAUGGAAAUUUAAAUGGUCCCAAAAUUGAAUUUCACACUUAACAUAUUAUAAACUUCUAUAAUUGGAAAUUUGCGAUGAACAUACAUUUUCUUCAGACACCAGGAAUUCCGUUUUAGACAGUUUUCACUGUACUUUUGUCAGUGUUAUGUAUUCCUUUUCAGCAGUUUUUAAAUAUUAAGAAUAAUUAUUGUUAAGAUAGAUUAAUAAAUUAUUUAUUUUUAACAUAUUAUUAUUAUUAUCUACUUACAAUGCAAUUAUUUGUAUUUAUUUACAGUGUGUGAAAAAUUUGUAUUAAAAAUGAUAAAAAAAAAUGCAUUAUUAAUAAUGAAUACGUUUGUGUAAACGCACAUAAGUGUGUAUUUAAUAAAAUAAUAAUUUCCGUACAAAUUUAAAUUUAUAAUAUAAAAUUAGUCAUGUGAUUGGUCAUUGUUUUUGUUUUGCAUUUUACUCUAUUUCCUAAAUUUUUGUGUAGUUGAAAAAUAAUCUCAAUUUCCAUUUUCAAAGCCAUACUGAUGAAAAUCUUUGAAUAUAACAUUAAAAUUUACCCAAACGCAUCCUUGACUUCUGACUCUUGUCACUAUAAUAUUAAAUAAGGAUAAGAAUUUAUUUUGAUAUGUAUACAAUCGGAAGAAAAAAAUAUUUAAGUCUUAUAUAUUUCUACCUUCUCUGCCAUCACCUCUAGCUAGUAACCGUGCAUCCACAUACUCGGGUCUUCUACCAGUUAACCACGAAGUCAUUUUUUGUAACAUUGAACUGGAUUCAGGGACAAACAUUGUGAUCCUGUAA